AUGGCAGCAAAAAGCGGUCACAUGAAAAUCUCUGGUGAUAAAGAUAAAAAAGUCAGUUUUGUAUCUUCACUUUUUUUUCGUUGGAUGAACGAAGUCCUUAAAAAGGGCAGUCAAAGACCUUUGGAUGAAAAUGACUUUUUACCCUUGUCAGACGAGAACUCUGGCCGUUUUGUCACCGACAAGCUUAAAAAAAUCUGGGAGAGCGAGAAACAUCAUUGCAAGAUGAAUGGGAAAAGGCCCAAACUUUGGAAAAGCGUGUUUGAUAUGCUUUCUGCCAAAGAUGUUAUCAUCAUUUUGAUGGGGAAUAUAUUGUGUACAACUUCUCGCCUUCUCUUUCCACUGUUUCUCUGGUAUCUUGUUUCUAAGCUUAUGUCAACUGAGGCAGAGAAUACUUAUCGGCUCUACGCCUGCGCAUUAGCUAUGUGUCUCAAUGGUUUGAUCGGUGGUCUUGGUAUGCACCAGGACGGCUACAGAUGUGAAAUAUUGGGGAUCAAAAUAGGAAGCGCCCUGAGGGGACUGGUGUACCAAAAGGUAGGCACGAUCCUAAAGAGUAUUCUAUGCACUUGUCAUAUGCUCAACUGAUUUUUCUUAUACCCUAAACACCCCAAACUAAGCCGAAAAAACACCUUUAUCUAUCCGAUCCAGAAAGAUUUUUUCCAGAAAUCUGAUCAAUUGUAAUCAGCUUAUGCCAUAUGGAGACCCUGAAGGAGAGAGUGAUUGAACAUGAUUGCUGGUGCUUCUGCGAGAGUAAGCAAUCCCGCUCACCAACAAAAAAAAUCGAAGAAACAAACAGUUAUGUAGCCUGCAGUUAACGGGGAAGUAGGCUACAAAAACCAUAACGCAUAAGGCCACGCUUCUUAGCGAGAUUCAAAAUGGCGCCUUAGUUGUGGCUUUUUUUCACAUUUCAAGAUAAUUUGUUAGAGGUUUGUUUACUCUCGUCUCGAAACGCAGGAACGGAUGUCUUUAUGCCGUAAAUUAAAAUCAUAUGGUUUAAGGAACAUACUUCUUUAAUGUCUAAUCUGUACUCUCUUUCAGACGCUUCUUCUCAACAAGCAGACGUUACUGAAAUUCACUGCAGGACGCUUAUUUGACCUGAUAUCCAAUGAUGUUAAAAGAUUGGAAGAAGAGACAGUCAGGUUUUUUGUCUCAGCCGUUUUCGCAGUCCCUGCUUAUAUAGGGGCAAUAUUCCUCAUCUACAAUUUGAUUGGCUGGCAGGCUGUUAUGGGUGUGUUCCUUCUGUGUACUCUUAUGCCAUACUUUACCGUCUUGUCCUAUGUUAAUGCUAAGCUGCGCUUGCGCACAGCUACAGUGUCCGAUCAGCGAAUCUCCUUAAUGAAUCAAGUAGUUUCCGGGAUCCGCGCGGUCAAAACGCAUGCGUGGGAGGACGAAUAUAGACGAAAGAUUAAACAUGUAAGAAGGUAAGGUAAAUUGUCAGUUUUCAUCAGUAGUAGGCUAAAACAACUAUCUUUAUUCAUCCCCUUAAUUAUUGACCUAAACUAUUCAAAAUCCACAAAUAUGUUUUGUCUCCACUGAGAGCUUUAUUAGCUAAGUAGUUCAAACAAAAAAAAAAAGUGUUUCAUGUAACCCAUUUCAUAACCGGAGGACUGGCCGGUCAGUUAAUAAAUAUCAGUAUCUACUGAGUAAAAAGUGUUGAAAGUGCACUCUGAUUGGCUACUCAAACUCCGAAUAUCCUUUGCGAUUCAUCUUGAGUCUAAUUUGAGUUCAGUUGAUAUUUUUUACUUUUCAUAAGCUUAUCGUUCAUUAUCAUAGGAUCUCAUUGCAAAUUUGACGCAGUUGAUUUAUUUUUUCAUACGCUGUCAAAAUGAAGUGAACGAUGAGGAAGGGUGCGCUUGCUGCCCGCUCACCUCCUUUAUAUUUCAAAUUAGAGAGAACACAGAGGACGAAUUGGUUCGACAGAAUGCCCACAUAACUAAUGAACAACUUUUAUCUACAGAAAUGAAAUCAGGGUCAUUUCGAAGAGGACAGCCAUUCAGUCAAGGAUUGAUGCCUUGUUAUACAGUGCAACGCCACUGGCCACUCUGGUGUCAGUAAUUAUUAUGGUACUUACAGGCCAGACCCUCACGCCCGCCAAUGUUUUCAUGCUGCUGUCGUUUUUGGGUGUUAUAAAAUUUUGUGGUAUGGUGAAUAUGACAUCAGGUUUAAUGGUAACGUAUGACGCCUACGUUUCGCUCGGAAGAAUCGAAGAAUUCCUUCUUCUGGAAAAUCUGUUGCAAGCCUCGGAGAGUGAUGUAAGCAACGAGCCUCAACAAAAAGCGGAAAGUACCGCAACUUACUUAAGUCGCAGUUACUUGAAAAAAGAAGCGGGAAAUACGGAGAAAGUUUCCCUCUCUCGUGAAUCAAGAGAAUUAGGGCCUACUAUAUUAUGUGCGUCAAAUUUAAGCUACGCAAAAACGCAUCAUGAAGAGGAAUUUAUUCUUGAGGAUAUCAACUUCUUUGCACCUUCAAAGAGUUUAACAGUCAUCACCGGACCGGUUGGAAGUGGUAAGUCUACUCUGCUCUCAGUGAUCGCUGGUGAAAUUUCGAACACCAGUGGGACGAUUGAUUAUGAAGGUUCUGUCAUUUACUUGCCUCAGACUGCUUGGGUGUUCUCGGGAACGAUAAAAGAAAACAUUCUGUUUGGUCAACCCUUCGAGGAGUCCAAGUAUGAAAGAAUAAUCGACGUCUGCGCUCUGAAAGAAGACUUCCAGCGGUUACCUGAUGGUGACCAAACAGUUGUUGGAGAACGCGGAGAGGUUCUGAGUGGAGGACAACAGGCGAGAGUAAGUUUAGCUCGUGCAGUUUAUUCUGACGGAGAUAUUUAUCUAUUGGAUGAUUCACUGAGUGCUGUUGAUUUUAAAGUUGGCCAACACAUCUUUAACAAGUGCAUCAAAGAUCUACUUGGCGAUAAAAUCGUUCUGUUUGCCUCUCAUCAGCAACAGCACAUGGAAAAUGCUGAUGAAGUGAUUGUGUUGUACAAAGGGCGUAUGCUCGACAAGGGACGCUUUACUGAGCUGCACGAAGAAGGUGUUAUCAAUUCAACUGCUGACCCGCUUUAUAAAGCAGCUCUGAAGGACAAAACGGACUCAUCUGAGCCGUUCUGCUGGGAAGAUAAGGAGGAACACGAUGAUGCUGAAAAAUGCCAGAAAAUACAUCCUCUGCCCAAUGAAGCGAAGAGUUUGGAGACAGAAAAGGAGGAUCGUACAAUCGGAGUUGUGACAUUCAGGCUUUAUUGGGACUAUUUCAGAAGUGGAGCACAUCCUUUGAUGCUAACUGGAAUGGUUGGUUUAAGUCUCAUUACUCAAGGUAAACUUAUUGUUAGGCUGAGUUACAAACCUUGGGUCAGGCCUUAACAGGGAAUACAGCAACCUUUUUUCUAUAUUUCUUUUCUUCUAUUCUUUUAUUUUCUUUUGUGCAAAUCAUUUCACAAUGGCUAUGCUUUUAACCAAGAAUAAACGUUCUUUUUAGAUUAGCAGGUAGCGUUGAGAGACACUACGCAAACUUCUGACCAUGUUCCCGAUAUCUCACUUUCUUGCACAAGCGCGAGUGAAUGGCGGGUUACGCGCGAAAGGAAGAGCUGGUGUUUUUCUCCUCGCGUUUGCCUUACACUUGCCUCCACGCGCAUGAAAAGGUCAAAAAACCACUCGCUCUACAGACUAACUUUCUGAGACCAAAAGCAGUUUCUUAACAAUAUUUAUGUGUAACAUGGUUGACUUCUUAAUUUAUUCUGUGACGUUGUGGUGCUUGCAUAAACAUCCCCAAGACAUUAACGGUAGUAGGUAAUCCAGGCGAGUUGUGUCUAGGCCCAAUAAAUCUUACAAUGUUCAACUAAAUGAUUAUAGAAAAGUACUUUUCAACCACUGCAUAUUAAUGAUGUUUCUUUCAGCCAUCAUAGCUGCUCCAGACUUGUGGCUUUCGUUUCUUGCAAGGCUAAACCCAGAGGAUCAGAAUAACAAGACUUAUCUAUCUGUCUUCGCCUGUCUGGUUGGCGCGUGUUUUAUAUUUACUAUCGUUCGGGCUUAUGGAUUCUUCCAUGUUUGUCUGAAGUGUGCCGAGCGUCUUCACGAUAAAAUAGUUGUGGCCAUUUUACAAGCACCUGUCCUGUUCUUUGAUUCUAAUCCAGUGGGAAGAAUCCUAAAUCGCUUCUCCAAUGAUAUUGGCUGCCUAGAUGAGUUGUUACCCAAAACAUUCCUGGCGGCAAUGCAGAUGCUCUUGGUGAUAUUUGCCCAAAUUCUGGUAACAGUUGCCACAAAUGUUUGGCUCAUGUUUCUUGUUGUUCCAAUUUCCAUGUUGGUCGUUUUUCUAGCCAAUUAUUACUUGAAGACUGCCAGAGAACUAAAGAGGUUAGAGUCGAUAUCCCGAAGCCCAGUGUUCGCUCAUUUUUCGGAGACCCUGAUAGGACUGGACACGAUUCGUACGAGAGGAAGACAGACAGAUUUUGUGGAUGCACUUUACAGGUAUGUUAGAGACAUUGAUUCAGUUUGUGGUGUCAGAGCUGAUAAAUGCACAGGACAAAAAUGACUCAUAAUCGCUCGUUUUCUGUGAGCUAUUUUUUUUUUAAUUUGCCGGCAAUACGCGAAAUGGCAUCACGUGUCUUUUGUAAUCCUAUCCGGUACGUGCUGAGACACUGGUCAGCAAGUGGACCUUUCGGUACGAGGCACGGUCGCGAAACGAAGCUAUCCGAAAGAGUCACGAGGGGUAUUACCAGUUGUGAGACUACAGUUAUUGCUCUGUACGGUUUCAUCCUUCUGAUAGGGUUUCAACAGUCGCAUAAUAUAAACCGUCAAUCAACAAGAUUGCUUGACGUAGAAAUUUCACAAUUAGUCGAAACUAUAACAAAUGUAUGGAACGUAUAAGCGAUGUUAGUUUCUUUCUCUAAUUUUGCCACAGUUUUGAUCAAUUGGUAAGAGAACGUCAUGUCGUGCAAUUCUGCCUUUAUUAAAAAAAACUCCCGCCUCGCAGUCGUCCCCUUUUGUUAAUCAAUCGUAUGAUUACUGCCGAAUUGGACUCCACUCAGUCCUAUUACCAUUAUGAGUUUAAUUAACAGGAAAUACAGACGAGUGCCCCUCGUCUUCUACUUCUGAUAAAUGUUAUACUUAGCAUACAAGAUGUAGUUGUGAUAUUUGACAAUUAAGAACUGGUAUGUUUUUGGCGAAUUUACCAUUUUCCCAUACCAUAUCGUUAAGAAACUCGGCUCUAGCGGCUCUCACUUCAUCUGGACGAAUGAAGCAUACCUAAGAAUGAGAUGUGGUUACGGAAAUGAUCUUUCGAAUACUUAGCAAGAAGCUUACGGAUGUUCCUUGGAGAGUAAAAUCUUUUUGAGGGGCUGGGGCGUCGGGCGGAAUUUGUUGAAGGGCUCUGUUACAUUGUCAGGCCAAAGGAGACACUAGUCUCACUUCAGUGUGCAGACCCGAUGUAAUCUCUUUGAGGUCUUUUUAGAGUGAUUGUCGUAAGGAAAAUAUUAUUUUAUAAUAACAAGCCAAUCAAAACAAAAGAAAAGAUCACAAGUAGUGACAGAGGACUUCACUCAAAAACAAGGAAACGGCAUUGAACACUGAGAAACGCGUUCGACCAACAGGCGGUUGGUCUUGUGCAAGUUUGCUGGACCAAUCACCAAUCAAAGUAAUACAAAGCUGAUACAACCCGGUUUAUUUUCGACAGUCAACUAAAAAAUAACUCCAUUAUUAAAACUUAUUGUGAUAAAAACUUGUCCCCUCAGAUAUCAAGAUGUUCAUAAUCAGGCGUAUAUUAUGGUGAUGGCCAGCGGUAGGUGGCUCGGUGCACGUUUGGAUUGUCUCGCUUCCUUGUUAGUCGGUGCAGUUGCUGUGGCUGCUAUCUUGGUAUCUCAAGAUGCCGGUAAGCUCAAGAUUCUUAGUAACAUUUUUGAGUCUUUCUAUGUAAAGUAAGAAUCUAUAUAGUCGUGUAUUAAUACGGCAUGAACAAAUGAAUAAUAAAAUAGGUGUGAUUAUACGUGCUCUCUCAUGAACGGGUGGUUUCUAAUCACGACAGAAACGUGAGAAUCAACUCGGUGGCGUGGUGUCUUCUAUGAUUCAAAACAGGAAAAUUGUGCUGAUAACUCCUCUGCGCCUACUAAGCUCGGAGUCAAAACAACGAUACUGAGAAAGAUGUAAAAAAGACGCUUUAUUUAUUCCUUCUUAUUAAGUGACUGCCUGGACUAGGCUAGGUAACCUAGCCUUGUAAAGCUUUCGUUAUAUGUUUUGAGCUAUCGCGAAAAAACAGGUCCGGAAUUUAUAGACUUAAGUUCUAAUUUUUCUUUUCAGCUUACGCUGGUCUCGCUCUUGUUUACGUCAUCCAAACUCUGAGCGCGACUCAAUACGCUGUUAGAAAAACGUCUGAAGUUGAAAACUACAUGACGUCAGUUGAGCGAGUUAUGACCUACACCCAACUCGAUCAGGAGCCUGGAUACGAAGAAGAACGAACACCGCCAAAAGACUGGCCUCGGAGAGGAAGUAUUGUGUUGAGAGAUGUAUCAUUGACGUACUAUCCGGGGGGACCUCAAGUGCUGAAGAACAUCAAUCUUAGCAUCAAAGGAGGAGCAAAGAUCGGAGUUGCCGGCCGUACGGGAGCUGGGAAGUCAUCUUUUGUAGCAGCUCUCAUGCGCAUGCCUGAUGCUGAUGGAGAGAUAGUCAUCGACGAUGUUCCAAUUAAAGAGAUGGGCCUCCAACAAGCUCGACGAGGUAUCUCAGUUCUUGGCCAAAGUCCUGUUCUUUUUAGCGGAUCUUUGAGGAAAAAUCUCGAUAUUUUAGACAAGUUUCGAGACGCUGAAUUAUGGCAGGCUUUAGAGGAUGUGCAACUGAAAGAAUUUGUCGAGAGGCUUGAGGCCAAGCUGGAUCACGAACUGCUGGAACAUGGUGCUGAUGUCAGUGUUGGAGAGCGGCAGUUAAUUUGCUUGGCUCGUGUGCUGCUACAGCGAAGUAAAAUCGUCGUCUUGGACGAGCCAACUGCGCAUGUUGACCCAGACACAGAGCAGACUAUUUGGAAUGUAGUUCGUGACAAACUGAAGGAGUCGACUGUCAUCACUAUAGCUCACCGUUUGAACACGAUAAAAGACUGCGAGAAGAUUUUGGUCUUGAAAGAUGGAAAAGUUAAAGGGUUUGACAAUUUUGACUCAAUAAUGAACAUUAAGUGAGAUGCGAUCUUAGGUUGAAAUACCUCGAAUGUCACGCAGGUAUGAUCCUGCAGAGCUCAAGAUAUUAUACAUUUAUAAUCUUUUCUAGAGCUGGCAUUUGAUGUUAUUGUUCGGUUUUGGCUCCUUUAUACUUCUAUGCAUCUUUAAAAUCUCUCUCGCUGUCAUGUUUCGCAGUGUCACGCAACGUCCAAUUUGCCCUGGUUCUGUCUAGUAUUAGAUCACAGACGAAGUCAUAAUGUGGUAAGAACAGCAAAACGGCACACUAGGCGCAGGCGUGUCACUGAUGUUCCAACUGCUUUAUGACGUCCUCUGUGAUAUAUUAAUGAACAGACCCACCGUAGCAUAGAUUACAUUUGUUUUAUGUAAUAGACAAAGCAAAUUUUUUUUGACGUGGACGUCACUUAUCCGUCUGUUCCCCAACUGAUCAUAAGUAAAAGACCAAUGGAGAUGCGAGCGCCACUUACCACCCAACGCAAUGCGUACAAGAAACAAGAUAACAGUUUAUUCAGAAAUAGGAAACUGUUCGGCAGCCUAGCUAUGUCCAGAUUUAGGGUCCGAUAUCAGAGAGUAACAAGUUGUCAUGUCAACAUUCACUUUGGGUAUAAAUUUAGAUCUCCUCGGAUGAGCAUGUCAGCGUUCACGUUGGGUAUAAAUUAAGAUCUUAUCGGACAAGCGGGAAGAAUGAGGGGAGAUGCAGGUUAUAUGUGGAAACAUCAAAUGUUACUCACAUAAUCAAAUAAUUACCUGAAUUAAAAGUUAUAUUUGAAUAACCUACUUCCUUGAAUUGUGCUCCAGAAAUAGUAAAUGGUAUUGAAGAGAAAGGAAGAAAGUUCUUAAAACAUUCUAUGUUAAAUAACACUUUGUUACGAAUGUUAAUUGCGACGACAAUCAAAACAUUUGUCAAGCUAUAAUAACAAUUACCUUUCCAUGUAAAAAAACCAUAAUGAAACAUGACAUGAAUAAAUUAAUCUCACCCAGUUUGAAUGUAGAAUCCAAAAUCUAAUUAACUCACUGGUGAAUAGGAAAAAGCUUAAAGCAUUUUAACUGCUUCUGUCAUUCUAAAUAUUACAAAUCAGUUAUGCCACCAAUUAAUCCUUUAACCCCUAAGAGUGACUAGCAUCUAAUUUCUCUCUAUCAUUCAUUAAAGUCAUGAGAAUAAAAGAAAUGAUCACCAAAACACGAAAUUGCGUAGCAAACGAUCAUUGAUAUUGCUGAAAGAGCAGUAUUUAACAAGGAACACUGCUUUAUCGGUUUAUAUCGCAUCUACAGUCCAGUGAUAGCCUUUUUUGGAAAAGCUGACACGUAAUUUCAUUUUGAAAGGAUUUGCGAAAGUACUGAUAAAUCAUCAGCGAACGCGAAGAGCCUGAUUUUCCGGCCUAAGGUUAACACUAGCAACUUCAUUUGCCCGAAACUAACAACUGCGGCUAAUUCAUAAGCAGCCUACCCAGAUAGCCUAACCGGUUUUAAGCCUGUGCGCAUCUGCUCGUCUACGAUUAAUGAAAAUGACCUUGCGCCUCUUUUUCUCCCUUCAAAAAGAAGCUUGGGUUGCAUGAAGUUGGCGGGCCGCUCAAUACAUUUUAUCCUUUGUUUUCUCGAUCAAAAUAAUUUGCGCCCCUGUAGAUCGCUGAAGAAGCAGUAGAAUACGAAUACUUUUCACAUAAUGACCAUAAUGAACACCAACUCCAAGUGUCAAUACCAACCAACUAAUUAGACAGCCUCUUUCUAUGCAUGAUUAUGUAUCAAGCUCUCUCUCAUUGCAUACUACGCUUUUUUUUAAAGAAUAGUACAAUUUUUCAUCAGAAAAAACAAUAAUACAAUAAUUACAAAAACAAUACCAUAAUAAUCUAAUAAUAUUAACGAGAUAAGGCAUUAAUACAUUUACUUAGAAAACUUAAAAUACUACAAUUAAUAAAAUAAAAUCUACAAGUAGCUUCUAUUAAUGUUUAAAAUGCGUAAUAAAUACUAUUUAAAAACUUAACUAGUUGGGUCUCUACUGUCUUCAGGGUUUGAUUGUAAGUUCACUGGUUUGAUUGCUUUUACAUAUUAUUAAUAAGUCAUCUUGGUACCUGUGCUUUUUAUCUGUAGAUACCUUGAUUAUUACAAAGCAAAGCCAAGUGGAAACCAUCAACUGUACAAAGUUGGCAGCAAUUUAUCUGCAGAUUUAAUCCGCAAAUAAUAUAAACAGGCCAGCACUAGGGUGUUCCUGUAUGGACCUUGCUGCACUCAGUCUAUACUGCCACAUCUGCAGAUAAUAUUGGAAUAUUAAUUGACUUUGGUAGACAUUAAAGAAAUUAAAGAAUGUCCUCAUCAUUUCGAAGUUCAGGUCAUCAGUUUUUCAAACUUCUAUAAUCAGGAUGACCACAAAAAUAGUGUGGUCAAUAGCCAUGACUUAAUUGAAGAAAUACAAGUUAAUAACAUUACUUACUAGUUUAACAAUACUUUAAAAAUUCAAUUUAGCAGAUGAUGGUAACAAGAGCAUUUUUAGUUUGACGUUCAUUGAGCCGUGGAAGGCUAGAUUUGUGAAAAAUACGAAAAUUUUUCUGGUUUAAAACUAAUGCACAAGCAUAUAAUAUUCGUACAUUUUAUGUGUUUCGGCUUUCAAUUAUUAGCUUUUGUAACCACGUGUGCCAGGUACACAAAGUUCAAGAGUUUGCUACACAAAGGUAUAACAUAACUAGUGGCUAGAUUCUAUGUGCAUACUACGGUAAAAUUUCCGCACAGCCCCAUACUAUUGUAAAACAAAUCUGUUUUCCCAAUGGCAAUGUACUGUUUUUGUCAGUUGUUUUCUCUAUCCAAGAACUGAAUGCAUAAUGUAGUAUGGGGCUGUGCGGAAAUUUUACUCAUACUACGAGCAGAGAUAACCCUACCUAAACAGUCAUAACCUCCAAAUCAGUGCUUGCUUCAAUACUUGCGAAGCAGUGGUGCUUAACGUUUUUGAAAACUAAGUGAAUAACUACCCCUAGCCAACGGUGUACCGUGGGAGGUCUGGGACGGAGUCAACCCUGGAUAGUGUGACUCGGAAUUGAGGAAUUAAUCAAACUCGAUCAGACACUCGAUUAGUGAUGAAGGUUAUUAUAGGUCUCAAUUAAUAAUGUUGGGCUCGACGAUAAGUCGAAAUUCAUUUAGUAAAUACAGACAUGGGAAAUAAUAUCAGACACGGAAAAUACCAGACAAUGAGGAGGUCUGAUAGAGGCAAACAAUAACGGACCCUGUUAAUUGAUUUCCGACACGAAAACUAAUUUUUCGAUAGGGAAAAUACCCUGACUUAAUUUUGAACGGUUUGUUACGCCACCUAAAACUAUGGCGUAACAUACCGUUGAAAAUUCAGUCAGGGUAUUUUCCCUAUCGAAAAAUUAAAUACAGACAAUUUGGUUGACAAAUGUAAAUACAUACGGGAAAUGUUGUAUUGUUUUUUGGGUUCCCAGUAGUAGCGAAAACUAAUACCCCUGAAAUUAAGUCACUGUCUGCGACAUUUGCCCAUCCAAUGGCUCACAUGAACCAUUGGAAAAAUACAAAGAAGGAAAAACACAAAGAAAAUUGUUCACUCAGGAGCAGCACCGAGAACCUCAAGGCUUUUCGAGUAAUACAUAGACUACGUUUUUAAGGUCAGUGUUUUAGAGGUCUGUUUUUUUCAACGUUUGACAGAGGUCAACGGGACACCAAGCAGGUAGUGGGAAAUCUGAUAAGGUUGUGUAAUAUAACAUCAGGGGUAAUGUGUUUCAGGGAAAUCCGAGCGACCCUAACCAUCUGAAAAUUACUUCAAAUCGGGUAGCGGAGCGAGCGCACAACAAAGAAAACAAAACAGUUUUAUAAUAAGUUGGUAUUAUUCAGGGAAAAAAUGAAAUUGACUGAGAACAGGAUACCACGAAAAGAACAGUGACAUUUGAAACGAUGUGUGAUAAACAGAACUUGCAAAUCUCGCGAGGUGCAUGCAUCCUUACGAGUCCCAAACGCGAAGUAGAUCGAGUCAAUCAGCUCUCGGAACAUACGACAUGCUGGCAUAAAUUUGUUCCCUUUUUAGUUCUCGGCUUACCCUGGGUGCCUCGGUUAGUCUUUAUUUUGACGCGCGCGAAAAGCCUCAGGAAAGGAGCGCUGUUGAUUUAAUAGAAGGCGGCUUCUGACCAGUCAAUGUCUCAAGAGGGUCGCAGGCUCAAAUAUUUUCAAAAAUCAUUGAUUGUAGGUGGUUUUUAAGUUGUUUUAGCUAGCUGUAAGUGGUUUUAGGUGGUUGUAAGUGGUUCUAGGUGGUUGUAGGUCAUUCCAUGUUUUAGUACUUACGUUUCUGGAGACUGUGUCCGGCCGCCGGGCAGUUAGUCCGUUUUCAACUUGUUUUCUGUCCCGAUAGUUUUAAAAUUUAUCGUGAAACUGCAUUUCAAAACUUUCAAAACAAGUCUCCUUUCACUCAACGUGGUGAAGAGAGGGCUCUCGGGAAAUUUUGUGAUCCUCUCGUUUCAAAUUACGACGUCUUUCUUAUCAUACAGGAACAUCUUCUAGUCUAUUUUUUUGUAUAUUUAGAAAUCUCUCAAAACCUAUUCGCUCGUGCAAUAGAUAUGGCUUGCAAAUAGCAAGGUACGUCAAUAUUAGCGGUGUCUUGGUGAAUUCCUGUAUAAUGAGACAAAGUUGCAGGGUAAGCCACACAAAGUUGCAGCUUCCUCAAACUGUUAUCGCACAGCCACUUGCAAACGUAAAAUUUUUCACACGAAAUUUUCAGUACGAUUCCAUCCAUAACGAUUGUAAUUACAAGACCGAUAACAGCGCUGUGUUGGCAUUUCAUACAUGUAUUGUUCAGCUAAAAGCUUUGAUUGAGUGGGCUAGAUCACAGGAGAUGUUAUGCUAAAACGCAGACUGCAGACUGCAGACUGCAAACUGUGCAGACCUUACAGACCGUGCAGACCGCGAUUUGUUGGCUCCAGAAUUUCGACUGUUUCAUUUUGCGAGACACUAACAAAUUCAUUCAUGACCUAUCACGCAGUCGACUUCGAUAGGUAUCCAAUUUUACGGUAUAAUGCGGUUAUUUUCAGCUUGAGAAAAAAAUGACGUUUUCUCGCUUAUGAAAUUUUAUUUUACGCCUUAGUGGACGUGAAAUGAAAGUAAAAAUGCCAAGAUAAUUGAACGUUCAUAAAAAGUAGAGAGAGAAAAACUCGACACUCUUCGAGCACAAAGCUUAUUCAAUGACGAGUAUCCUGAUUAUUUACCAUUUUGUUUUAGGCUAUAUCAUUUUAGGCUAUUUAAAAGUCAUGAGGUUCUACAAAACACCGUGACUUAUUGGAUUUUAUAUAAGUUUACAACUCUUAGAGGGCAAGUUGGUUCCGAAAUCCUGGAACAACAUGCAAAGACAUUUGGUCAUUGCGUUGAACAUGCUAAUAAUGGCUAUGUAUUUUGUAGGUCUCAAGUGAUGGCAACAAAAAGCGGUUACAUGAAAAACUCUGGUGAUGAAGAUAAAAAAGUCAGUUUUGUAUCUUCACUUUUUUUUUUCGUUGGAUGAACGAAGUCCUUGAAAAGGGCAGUCAAAGACCUUUGGAUCAAAAUGACUUUUUAUCCUUGUCAGACGGGAACUCUGGGCGUUUUGUCACCGACAAGCUUCGAAAAAGCUGGGAAAGCGAGAAACAUCAUUGCAAGGUGAAUGGGAAAAGGCCUAAACUUUGGAAAAGCGUGUUUGAUAUGCUUUCUGCCAAAGAUGUUAUCAUCAUUUUGUCGGGGUAUAUAUUGUGCACAACCGCUCGCCUUCUCUUUCCUCUGUUUCUCGGGUAUCUUGUUUCUGAGCUAAUGUCAACUGAGGUAGAGAAUACUUAUCGGCUCUACACCUGCGCAUUAGCUAUGUGUCUCAAUGGUUUGAUUAGUGGUUUUGGUAUGCACCAGCGAGACUACAGAUGUGAGAUAUUGGGAUCAAAGUAGCAAGCGCCCUAAGGGGACUGGUGUACCACAAGGUAAGCACGAUCCUAAAGAGCAUUCUUUACAUUUUUCAAAGGCUCAACCGAUUUUUCGAAUACCCUAAACACCCCAUAUUAAGCCGAACAAACUUGAACACAGGUAUCUAUCCGAUAUAGAAUGAUUUUUCUAGAAAGCUGAUCGACUGCAAUCGGCUUAUGCCAUGGAGACCUAGAAGGAGAGGGUUAUUAAACAUCAUCGCUGGUUGCUGCUUCUGCGGGAGCAAGCAAUCCUGCUCACCAACAAAAGAAUGGAAGAAACAAACAGUUGUUUAGCCCGCAGUUAAGCAGGCUACAGAAACCAUAACGUAUACGGCCGCGCUUCUGAACGAGACUCAAAAUGGCGCCUGAGUUGUCGCUCUUUUUACACAUUUAAAGAUAAUUUGGUAGAGGUUUGGUUACUCUCGUCUCGAAACGCAGUCACGAAUAUCUUUAUGCAGGAGAUUAAGCUUAGAUGGUUUUUAUGGAACUUAUUUCGUCUUUAAUGUCUAACCUGUACUUUCUUUCAGACGCUUCUACUCAGUAAGCAGACGUUACUGAGAUUCACUGCAGGACGCUUAUUCGAUCUGAUAUCCAAUGAUGUUAAAAGAAUGGAAGAAGAGACAGUCAAGUUUUUUUUCUCAGCCGUUUUCGCAGUCCCUGUUUAUGCAGGGGCCACAUUCCUUAUUUACAAUUUGAUUGGUUGGCAGGCUGUUACAGGUGUGUUCUUCCUGUGUAUUCUCAUGCCAUACUUUGCCGUCUUGUCCUAUGCUAAUGCUAAGCUGCACUUGCGCACAGCUGCAGUAUCCGAUGAACGAAUCUCCCUAAUGAAUCAAGUAGUUUCCGGGAUCCGCGCGGUCAAAAUGCAUGCGUGGGAAGACGAAUAUGGACCGAAGAUAAAAAAUGUGAGAAGGUAAGGUAAUUAUCAUUUUUAUUCAGAAGUGGGCUCCAACAACUAGCUUAAUUCAUUCCCGUAAUUGUAAUUCAUUCCCGUAAUUGUUGACCCAAAUUAUUCAAACCUCGGAAAUAGAUAACCACAAAUCUGUUUGUCUCCACUGAAAGCUUCAAUAGCUAGGCAGUUUAAACAUGCCCCCCCCCUCCAAAAUAAAGUCUUUGGACCGCUGUAUGAGCCAAGCAGAAUGCCCCUUUUCAAGAAUAUUAAGUGUCUCUUGUAACCCAUAUCAUAACCGAAAAACUGGCCGGUCAGUUAAAAAAUACCAGUAUAUACUGAGUAGAUAGUGCUAAAAGUGCACUCUGAAGAUGAUUGGCUACUCAAACUCCGAAUAGCCUUUGCAAUUCACCUUCGAGCGACUCGCGCGGGAGUUGCGCCCGAAAAUAUUGUAAUCGUUUUUACCUCAGUGUCGGUGAAAGGUGGGGAUAUCACCUCCACCUCAGAGAAUAAUCGAUCAUUAUUAUAGGUAGAACAUCUCGUCGAGUCUAACUUGUCUUCACGUUAUAUACGCUGUUUUAAGGGUGCACUUGCCGCUCGCUCACCUCGUUAAUAUUUCAAGUUAAAGAGAACACUGACGACGAGCUGGUUCGACAGAAUGCCCACAUAACUUAUGAUAACCUUCUAUCUUCAGAAAUGAAAUCAGGGUCAUUUCGAAGAGGACGACCAUUCAGUCAAGUAUCGAUGCCUUGUUAUACAGUGCAACGCCACUGGCCACUCUGGUGUCAGUAAUUACUAUGGUACUUACUGGUCAGACCCUCACGCCCGCCAAUGUUUUUAUGCUUCUGUCGUUUAUGAGUGUUAUAAAAUUGCGUGGCACGUUGAAUAUGACAUAUGGUUUAAUGGUAACGCAUGACGCCUACGUUUCGCUCGGAAGAAUCGAAGAAUUCCUUCUUUUGGAAAAUCUGUUAAAAGCCUCGGAGAGCGAUGAAAGCAACGAGCUCCAACAAAAAACGAAAAUGACCUUAACUAACCAAAGUCCCAGUUACUUGAAAAAAGAAGAGGAAAAUAUGGCGAAAGUUUCCCCGUCUCGUGAAGCAACAGAAAUAGGACCUAUUCUACGUGUGUCAAAUUUAAGCUACGCAAAAACGCAUCGUGAAGAUGAAUUUAUUCUUGAGGAUAUCAACUUCUUUGCACCUUCAAAGAGUUUAACAGUCAUCACCGGCCCGGUUGGAAGUGGUAAGUCUACUCUGCUCUCAGCGAUCGCUGGUGAAACUUCGAACGUCGGUGGGACGAUUGAUUAUCAAGGCUCUGUCAUUUACUUGCCUCAGACUGCUUGGGUGUUCUCGGGAACGAUAAAAGAAAACAUUCUGUUUGGUCAACCCUUCGAGGAGUCCAAGUACGAAAGAAUAAUCGACGUCUGUGCUCUGAAAGAAGACUUUGAGCCGUUACCUGAUGGUGAUCAAACAGUUGUUGGAGAAUAUUUUGCCAGUCGAAGAUUAACUCAGUCCACGGUUUUAAACAGCUCCUUUAUUGAAUAAUGCGUCUGUCUCACAGUUCUUCUGAAAGAAGAAUUCUUUGACGUCAUCACGUUAUGCGAUUACCUGAUGGUGAUCAAAACAUAUUGUUGGAGAACGCGGCGAGGUUCUGAGUGGAGGACAACAGGCGAGAGUAAGUUUAGCUCGUGCAGUUUAUGCUGAAGGAGAUAUUUAUCUAUUGGAUGAUCCGCUGAGUGCUGUCGAUUUUAAAGUUGGCCAACAUAUCUUUAACAAAUGCAUCAAAGAUUUACUAGGGGAUAAAAUCGUUCUGUUUGCCUCUCAUCAGCAACAGCACAUGGAAAAUGCUGAUGAAGUGAUUGUGUUGUACAAAGGGCGUAUCCUCGACAAGGGACGCUUUACUGAGCUGCACGAAAAAGGUGUUAUCAAUUCAACCGUUGACCCGCUUUAUAAAACAGCUCUAAAGGACAAAACGGAUUCAUCUAAGCCGUUCUGCUGGGAAGAUAAGGAGGAACACGAUGAUGCUGAAAAGUGCCAGAUAAUACAUCCCCUGACGAAUGAGGCGAAGAGUUUGGAGAUAGCAAAAGAGGAUCGGGCCAUCGGAGUUGUGACAUCCAGGCUUUAUUGGGACUAUUUCAGAAGUGGAGCACAUCCUUUGAUGAUAACUGGAAUGGUUGGUUUAAGUCUCAUUACUCAAGGUAAACUUAUUGUUAGAGUGAGUUACAAACCUUGGGUUAAGCCCUGAUCUCUUUUAUUCUAUUUCGUGCAAAUCAUUUCACAAUGACUAUGCUUUUUACCAACAAUACGCGUUGUUUUUUAGAUUAGACGGUAGAGUUAAGAGACACUGCACAAAUUUCUGACCAUGUUCUUGAUAUCUCAUUUGCUCGUACAAGUGCGACAAAGCGCGAGUGAAUGGCGAGUAACGCGCGAAAGGAAGAGCCGGUGUUUCUCUACUCGCGUUUGCCUUGCACUUGUCUCCACUCGCCUGAAAAAGUUAAAAAACAAAAAAACAAAAAAACACUCGCUCUACAAACUAACUUUAUGAGACCAAAUGCAGUUUUCUUUCUUUAUAUGUAACAUGGUUUACUGCUUCAUUUUUUCUGUGACGUUGUGGUGUUUACAAAAACAUUCCCAGAACACUAACGGUAGUAACUAAUCCAGGCGAGUUGUUUCUGGGCCCAAUAAAUGUUACAUUGUUCAGCCGAAUGAUCAUAUAGAAAUACAUUUCAACCACUACGUAUCAAUGAUGUUUCUUUCAGCCUUCAUAGCUGCUCCGGACUUGUGGCUCUCGUUUCUUGCAAGGCUAGACUCAGAGGAUCAGAAGAACAAGACAUAUCUAUCUGUCUUCGCCUGUCUGGUUGCCGCGUGUUUCACAGUCACUUUCGUUUGGGCUUAUGGAUUCUUGAAUGUUUGUUUAAAGUGCGCCGAGCGUCUUCACGAUAAAAUGGUUGUGGCCAUUUUACAAGCACCUGUCCUGUUCUUUGAUUCAAAUCCAGUGGGAAGAAUCUUAAAUCGCUUCUCCAAUGAUAUUGGCUGCGUAGAUGAGAUGUUACCCAAAACAUUCCUGACAACAGUGCAGAUGCUCUUGGUGAUAUUUGCCCAAAUUCUGGUAACAGUUGCCACAAAUGUUUGGCUGGUGUUUAUUGUUGUUCCAAUUUCUGUGCUGGUCGGUUUUCAAUCCAAUUAUUACUUGAAGACUGCCAGAGAACUAAAGAGGUUAGAGUCGAUAACCCGAAGCCCAGUGUUCGCUCAUUUUUCGGAGACCCUGAUAGGACUGGAUACGAUUCGUACGAGAGGAAGACAUACAGAUUUUGUGGAUGCACUUUACAGGUAUGUGUGAGACAUGGAUUCAGUGUGUGAUGGCAGAGCCGAUAAAUGCACAGAGCACAAAUGAGUUAUAAUUUCUCAUUUUGUAUGAGGUAUUUAUUUUUUAUCCACCGCCCAUACACGAAAUUGUAUCACAUGUCUCUUAUGAUCCUAUCUGGUAUGUGCUGAGACACUGGUCAGCAAGUGGACCUUUUCGUAUACGAGGUACGGUCGCGGAGCGAAGCUAUCCGAAAGAAGUAUGAAGGGCAUUACCAGUGGUAAGACUACAGUAAUUGCUCUGUGUGGUUUUCGUCCUUCUCAGGAUUUCAACAGACGCAUAAGAUGGACGGUCAAUCAUUAGGAUCGCGCAACGCAGAAAUUUCACGAUUAAUCAAAACUUUAAUAAAUCUAUCGAAUGUGAUUGGUUAUCACCGGUCCGACAGUGUAAGUGUCAUGCUCGUAAUUAUUGUAAUAGGACAGUUGACAAGACAUGCCUGCGUGUAAGUGUAUGCGCGCGCUGUUGUCGCGAAUUUCGCUGAGUUUUUUUUUAUGAAAACGUAUAAUUAUUGUCUCUAAUUUUCUCAUAGUUUUAAUUAAUUAUAAAGACAACGUCAUGUCGUUCAAUUCUGUCCUUAAUAGUACUCGUGGUUAAAAAUAUCAGACUCCCGCUUAGCAGUCGUCCAAUUUUGUUAAUACACUCGUGUGAUUACUGACCAAAUUGGACUCCAUUAUGAGUUUAACAGGAAAUACAGACAAGUGCCACUGUUCUUCUCCUUCUGAUAAAUGUUAUACGUAAUAUGCAAGAUGUAGUUGUGAUAGUGAACAAUUAAGAAUUGGCUUUUUUGGAGAAUUUACUAUUUUCAAUGGAAAAGUAUCCAUAUCGUUAACAAAUGCGACUCUAGCGGCUUACGUUAUCUGGGCGAAUGGAGAAUAUCUAAGAAUGAGAUGUGAUUACAGAAAUGAUCUUUCGGACAGUUAGCUAGAAGCUUACGGAUGUCUCUUGGAGAGUAACAUCUUUUUAAGGGAGUGGGAUGUCAGGCGGAAUUUGUUGAAGGGCUCCGUUACAUUGUCAGGCCGAAGGAGACUCUCGUCUCACUUCAGUGUGCAGGCCCGAUGUAAUCUCUCUGAGGGUUUUUUGGAGUGAUUGUCUUAAAAAAAAUACAAUUUGAUAAUAACAAGAUAAUCAAAACAAAAGAAAAGAUCACAGGUAGUGAAAGAGGACUUAACUUUUUAUCAAGGAAACGGCAUCGAGUGCAGAAAAACGCGUUCGACCAAUAGGCCGUUGGUUUUGCGCAAGUUUACUGGACAAAUCACUUAGUAAAGUAAUACAAAGCUGAUAUAAUUCGGUUUAUUUUCAACAGUCAACUAAAAAAAUCACUCCAUUAUUAAAACUUGUUGUGAUAAAAACUGUUCCACUCAGAUAUCAAGAUGUUCAUAAUCAGGCGUACAUUAUGGUGAUGGCCAGCGGUAGGUGGCUUGGUGCACGUUUGGAUUGUCUCGCUUCCUUGUUAGUCGGUGCAGUUGCUCUGGCUGCAAUUUUGGUAUCCCAAGAUGCCGGUAAGCUCAAGAUUCUAACGAUUUUGAGUUUUUCUGUGUAAAGUAAGAAUCUAUAUAGUCGUGUAUUAACAAAGCAUGAACAGCUGAAUAAUAAAAUAACUGUGACUAUACGUGCUCUCUCAUGAACGGGUGGUUUUUAAAAUCACGAAACAGAAAAUGCGUUUCAAGAGAAUCAACUUUUCGUUAUAUGUUUUGGCUUCGAUAGGAAAUAAGCUGAAGUCAAACUUUUAAGUUCCAAUUUUUCUUUUCAGCUUACGCUGUCUUCUAUGAUUCAAACAGACUCAAUACGCUGUUAGAAAAACUUCUGAAAAUUGUGCUGAUAACCUCCUCUUGACCGGGAGCCUAUACAAGAACGAACGCCGCCAAAAGACUGGCCAAAACAACGAUACUUUUGAGAAAUGUGUCAUUAACGAAAGAACAUGUAAAAAGGACGCUUUAUUUAUUCAUCUUUUGUAGCUUAUUAUGCCUGAUGGUGAUGGAGAGAUAAUCCGACGAUGGACUAAAGAGAUAGGCUAACAAGGAGGUAACUCGGUUCUUGUAAAGUCCUUUCUUUUAAUAUGUUUUGAGCUUUAUCAAGAAAAACAGGUCCAACUGAAAGAUUUUGUCGGGAUAGAACUUAAGUUCUAAUUUUUGCUUUUCAGCUUAAAAUUGUCAUCUUGACGAGCCAACUGCACAUGUUGACCCAGACACAGAGCAGACGAUUUGGAAUGUAGUGCGGGACAAACUGAAGGAGUCCACUGUCAUCACUAUAGCCCACCGUUUGAACACGAUAAAAGACUGUGAGAAGAUUUUGGUCUUGAAAGAUGGAAAAAUUAAAGGACUUGACAAAUUUGAGUCAGUAAAUAACAUUAAGUGAUAUGCCGCCAAGGUUGAAAUACUUCGAUUGUCACGCAAGUCUUGCAGAACAUUAGAUGUUAUACAGAUUAUAAUCUUCUCCAGAGCUCUAAUUUUACACAUUGGAAAAGAAUUACAUUUGAUGUUUUGCUCGGUUUUGACUCCUAUGCAUUUUUAAAAUUUCUCUGGCUGUCGUGUUUCGGGGUGUCACGCAACGUCCAUUUUUCCGUGAGUCUGAAGUCAAAUUAUGGCAAGAACAGAAAAACCUGCAGACUAGGCGCAGGCGAGUGUGUCACUGAUGUUCCUACUGCUCUAUGACGUCCUCUGUGAUCUAUUAAUGAACAGGCCCACCAUAGCGCAGAUUACAUUUGUUUUAUGUGAUAAACAAAGCAAACUUUUUCUCAUGUGGACGUCACUUAUCCGUCUUUCCCCCAGCUGAUCAUAAGGAAAAAAACUAAUGCAGAUGCCUUAGGACCAAUUUACGCGCGCCGCUCACCACCCAACGCAAUGCACUCAAAAAACAAGACAGCAGUUUAUUCAGAAAUGGGAAACCGUUCAGCAGCCUAGCUAUGUCCAGAUUUAGGGCCGUAUAUCAGAGUAACAGGUUGUCAUGUCAACAAUCACUUUGGGUGUAAAUUUAGAUCUCCUCGGAUGAGCAUAUAAACAUCAAUUCACGUUAGGUAUAAAUUAAGGUCUUCUUGGACAAUCGGAUAGAAUGAGAGUAGAUGCAGGUCUACGAGAUAGCGGCACAGAUUAGUUAAAUUCCAUGUAAGAUAAAUAACUCAUUACAGUCUCUCCUAAACAUAUUACCUCAAAGAUGAACAAUCACUUAUGCGUGACAUAGCAUUAUCUGCUUUCGCGCGGACUUGAGACGCGUCCAAACUAACUUUUCUCAGAGAACUUUUCUACAAUGUAACAGUAGUAGUAACCAUAGGUUAAAUAGUUGGAAACCAUAGGCUUUGAAGGUGUGGGAAAUGAGUGGAAACCUAUUAUUUACAUCUGAAAGCCGCGAGCAAAUAAACUAUAUUUUUAGUUCAAAUGUGUACUGCAUUAACCAUAAAGCGUAACGUGGCACUAUCUGCUUUCGCGUGUCGAAGUGCUCAGGAAAUGCAGAAACAAAUUUGACGGUUUAGUGUACGAAAUGCUUUUUAUAACAGCUUUAAAGCCAAAUCUCAACGUGCAAUCAGACUACAUUCGGGCGAAAGUAUUUUCAUAAUCUUCGCACUCUUUGAUGUUAAUUAUUUCACGUUAAUUAUUCGCGCCAAAAUCGCUUUAAAUGCUGUAAUUUGCAUGAUCUUAUAUAUUUGUGAGGGUUAGGGUAACCCUAAGUAAUUUAGAUCUUGAUAAAGGGGUCAUGAACACUCCGAAACGUCGGAGUUUAUGUUUCGUUUUUCGUCUUAAUACACACUUGAUUAAGACUAAGAAAAAUCUCUCAAUAAAAUUAAAUUAACGUUUAUCUCCCAGAAUCAUUGUUAAUAGUAUUUUGGGCCUGAAUAUUUCUUAGGUAAUGUAAAAGACAUGCAAUGUUAAAAAGAACGCGAUCAGUGACUGAAUCAACUCUUUCUCGCAGUUGCUGGUUUGGUUACAUACAGCUGAACUUAGUGAUCAAAUGAUAAACUGCUCGUAAUCGUAGCGUAGCGUGCGUAGCUCACUUAUAAAGAUUAUCUUCAUUAUCGAGCUGAUAAUAAGGACAGUGAGUAAACUGAACUGGCGGGAAAGAAAUUCAUUCGGAAAUUCAUUCAACCGCAAACAAUGUUUAAUAGUGCUGUCGGUUAUGUCAUAGCGAGCGGCAUUACAGAGAAGUGUCUUUACGCAAACGAGGUUAAAUGCGGAGCCUGUAAAGUUGGCUUACUCCUGGUAAGUUGAUCAUCAUCAAAAAUUUUGUCGAAGAACCCUCGCCAUAAUAAAAAUGAUAGUAGCAUGCAUUAAUCAAAGGGAUUAAUUAGCGCCCUGAAAGUUACGGGUCGUUAAGGUGCUUGGUUUCUGCGUUUGUGCAUUGGAUACACUUGACUCUCAAAGUGCAUCCCAGCACUAGGGAGUUUAUUGAUACCUAUGAUAAGACGAGGAAACCUUAGGAAAAGCGUAGGGUGAGUUGUAAUCGCUCCCAUGGAAAGCAGUGGUGUCUCAGAAUAAAGGGAAAACGUCGAGAGGCUUCUGUCACUUUUGAGAAACGUUUUUGUUUUAAAUUACUCUUAUGCGAGGUUGAGUCCUGAAUUAGCCCAAGUCAAGCUAAGGGCGAUUGAAAUUAAGGUCCAGUUUACUAUACUCUUAGGAAAUUAUGGAAAGGACUUCAGAAUCAUAAAGAAUGAUUUGUCAAACUUAUUUAGAGCGAAAGAAUCUAUGGCGCGGGAUUAUUCAGAGAACAACUGAACUCGAAAGUUCGAAUUAUGAACCAUUAAUUAAAGUCGCGUUACGGUCCAUUCUUCAAUGGACAAAAUUUCCAGACAACAUUUCCAAAUUAUUUGUAAUCAUAAAAAACGCAACGAAUAUUUUCCGCUCACACUGUAACAGUCGUCAACGGCAGCAGAGAAAUUUGAAUGGACCUUAAUCAUGUGCAUAACAAGAUCUUAGUUAAACCGUCAAAAAAUUGAAAGAGCAUUGAUGUUAUUGUUUUCACUAGCUCGGAUGAUUUGUCCACUAAAAAACCAAGUUAAUUUUUGGAGUCGCUUGAAAUUUCCAGACAAAUAUCUGAUAAGUUUUAGAGGUUUUAAGGAGCCAUUUAGUGGUACUUUGGAGAAAAUUUCUGACCGCCGGGCAUUUAGGAUUUUCGAGACCGUGACCUGCAGUCUGAUCAGAAGGGUCGACAACCGAGCGAUAUUAUAGUUUACACAAGCUCGAAGAAUUAGUCCACUGAAGGACCAAAUUAAUUUUUGGAAUUAUUAAGAGGCUUAAAAUUUCUGAGCAAACAUCUGAUAUACCUAAGAAGUUUGAAAGAACCUUAAUUUCGGUUGAAAUUCUGUGAGAAAUUCUGACUGUCGGGCAUUAAGUUUUCUUGAGACCGUGUCCGGCUGCCGGGCAUUUAGUCAUAGCGUUUUCGAAGUGCUCCGUUUUCGACUUGUUUUCCGUCCUCAGUCUCAAAAUUUAUAUAGAAAAUGCCCUUCUAAAACUUUCCAAACAAGUGCCCUUUCAUUCAGCGUGGUGAAGAUAGGGCCCUUGGGAAAAUAAGGAGUCAAUGUGGUAAACACCAAUUUUGUGAUCCUAUUGUUUCAAAAUAUGACUGAUCUGUCUCACUAAACAUCGUCUAAUCGAUUUUUUUUCUAUAUUUAGAAAUCUGUCUAAACCUCCUCGCUCGUGCAGUAGGUGUGGCCUGUAAAUAGCAAGGAACGGCAAUAUUACCGGUAUUUUGGCGAAUUUCUGUCUAAUGAGGUAAAGUUGCAAGGUAAGCUACAGAGAGUUGCAGCUUCCUCAAAUUUUUAUCGCACAGCCACUUGCAAACUUAAUAGUUUUUACACGAAACUGUCAGUAAGAUUCCAUUCAUAUAGAUUGCUAUUACGCGGCCGAUAACAGCUCUGUAUCGACAUUUUGCGUCUUGUAUAUGUAAAAUUUUUCUAAAACUUUGAUUGAGUGGGCUAGAUCAUAGGAGAUGUUAUGCUAAAACGCAGAUUGUAGACUGCAGACCGUGCAAACCGCGCAGACCGUGCAGACCGCGCUUUGUCCGCUCGAGAAUUUCGAAUGUUACAGUUCGCGAGACACUGAGAAAUUCAUUCAUGACCUAUCACGCAAUAUUACGCGGUCAUUUUCUCGCUUAUGAAAUCUAUUUUACGUCUCGGUGGACGUUAAAUGACCGAUGAAACACAUUCCGUGCCUGUGGCUUCUCAGGUCAAAAAGUGAUUCGAACUCGUGGUCGAAGGUGAAGAAUUAGAAGACCAGGCGUCGACGCAGGAAACAGAGGAGUUUAAUGUUUGCACUUUAUAUUAACAAAAAGUCAAAAAUUCUGGUCCACUCCUCUCCUGGUUAUGUUGGCGUUGAUUAGUUAAAAUUAUUAAUUUAUUUUUGUGAUUAAUAAGUUUCUCAUGUAUGUGACAAGUUCUUGCUUAUAGGAGACUGGAAGGAAAGCGGAAUCGCGAAAAAUUGUUGAAACUCCAUUCGGAAUGAAAAUUUGGCUCUUUGCCGCUUCUUCAAAUAAUUACAAGAUAUUGUUCACCCGUUAUUUGGUCUCCAUGUAGAGGGAGCCUGGAACUCAACAGGCUCACCCAGGCGAGGGGAUCAAUUUUGGCCGGCCGCGCGCAAAUAUCCCGCGCAAAAUUUCAAACAAAAAUGAGGGAAGGAAGCGCUGUCACGCAAACUAUGCUAAGAAACUUAAACGUUCAUAAAGAGUAGGGGAAGGAAAACUCGACACUUUUCGAUCACAAAGCUUAUACAAUGCCGGGUCUCGUGAUUAUUUAACAUUUUGUUUUAGGCUAUAUCAUUUUAGGCUAUAUAAAAGUCAUGAGGUUCUACAAAACACCGUGACUUAUUGGAUUUUAUGAAAGUUUAUAACCCCUAGAAGGCAACCUGGUUUUGAAAUACUGGAACAAUAUGCGGAGACGUCUGACCAUUGCGUUGAACAUACUAAUAAUGGCUAAGUAUUUUGUAGGUCUCAAGUGAUGGCACCAAAAGGCGGUUACAGGAAAAUCUCUGGUGAUGAAGAUAAAAAAGUCAGUUUUGUAUCUUCUCUUUUUUUUCGUUGGAUGAACGGAGUCCUCAAGGAGGGCAGUCAAAGACCUUUGGAUCGAAAUGACUUUUUACCAUUGUCAGACGAGACCUCUGGCCGUUUUGUCACCGACAAGCUUCAGAAGAUCUGGGAGAGCGAGAAACAUCAUUGCAAGAUGAAUGGGAAACGGCCCAAACUUUGGAAAAGCGUGUUUGAUAUGCUUUCUGUCAAAGAUGUUAUCAUCAUUUUGACGGGGAAUGUAUUGUUUACAACUUCUCGCCUUCUCCUUCCUCUGUUUCUCGGGUAUCUUGUUUCUAAGCUUAUGUCAACUGAGGCAGAGAAUACUUAUUGGCUCUACGCCUGCGCGUUAGCUAUGUGUCUCAAUGGUUUGAUCGGUGGUCUUGGUAUGCACCAGCAAGACUACAGAUGUGAGAUAUUGGGGAUCAAAAUAGGAAGCGCCCUGAGGGGAAUGGUGUACCACAAGGUAGGCACGAUCCUAAAGAGUAUUCUAUGCAUUUUUCAAAGGCUCAACCGAUUUUUCUAAUUCUCUAAACACCCAAAUAAGCCGAACAAACUCGAACACAUUUAUUCAUGUGAUAAAGAAUGAUUUUUUCCAGAAAUCUGAUCGAUUACAAUCAGCUAUGCCAUAUGGAGACCCAGGAGUAAAGGGUUAUUAAACAUCAUGGCUGGCUUCUGCGAGAGCAAGCAAUCCUACUCACCAAUAAAAGCACCGAAGAAACAAACAGUUAAUUAACCAGCAGUUAAUGGGGAAGUAGGCUACAGAAAUCAUAACGUACAAGGCCGUGCUUUUCAGCGAGAUUCAAAAUGACGCCUGAGUUGUCGCUCUUUUUACACAUUUUAAGAUAAUUUGGUAAAGGUUUGGAUACUCUCGUCUCCAAACGCAACCACGGAUAUCUUUAUGCCGGUGAUUAAUUAAAAUCAUAUGGUUUAUGGAACAAAAUCUCUCCUUUAAUGUCUAAUCUGUACUCUCUUUCAGACGCUUCUACUCAGCAAGCAGACGUUACUGAAAUUUACUGCAGGACGCUUAUUCGACCUGAUAUCCAAUGACGUUAAAAGAAUGGAAGAAGAGACAGUUAAGUUUUUUGUCUUAGCCGUUUUGGCAGUCCCUGCUUGUGCAGGGGCAAUAUUCCUUAUCUACAAUUUGAUUGGUUGGCAGGCUGUUACGGGUGUGUUCCUCCUGUGUAUUCUCAUGCCAUACUUUGCCAUCUUGUCCUAUGCUAACGCUAAACUGCGUUUGCGCACAGCUGUAGUAUCUGAUCAGCGAAUCUCCUUAAUGAAUCAAGUAGUUUCCGGGAUCCGGGCGGUCAAAACACAUGCGUGGGAGGACGAAUAUGGAGGAAGGAUAAAACAUGUAAGAAGGUAAGGUAAACUGUUAGUUUUUAACAAAAGUAGGCUAAAACAACUAUCUUUAUUCAUUCCCUUAAUUGUUGACCCAAAUUAUUCAAAAUCCACAAAUAUGUUUUGUCUGAAUUGAGAGCUUUAUUAGCUAAGUAGUUUAAACCAGCCAAAAAAACAAAAAAGCUUUGGACCGCGGUAUGAGCCAAUCAGAAUUCCUCUUUUCAAAAAGAGUAAGUGUCUCAUAUAACCCAUAUCAUAGCCGCAGGACUGGCCGGUCAGUUAAAAAAUAUCAGCAUAUACUGAGUAGAUAGUGUUGAAAGUGCACUCUGAUAUAUAAUUGGCUACUCAAACUCCGAAUAGCCUUUUCAAUUCACCUUCGAGCUACUCGCGUGGGAUUUGCGCCCGAAAAUAUUGUAAUCGUUUUUACCCUUAGUGUCGAUGAAAGGGGGUUGGAUAUCACCUCCACUUCGGAGAAUAAUCGUUCAUUAUUAUAGGUAGAACAUGUCAAUGAAUCAAACUUGACUUCAUUUGGUAUUAUUUUUCAUACGCUGUCGUAAGGUCGCAAGAGACGCACUUUCACAAAGAACGACGAGGAAGGGUGCGGUUGCCGCCCGCUUACCUCGUUAAUAUUUCAAAUUAGAUAUGAUAACAUUCAAUGCCCACGUAACCUAUGAUAACCUUUUAUCUUCAGAAAUGAAAUUAGCGUCAUUUCCAAGAGGACAGCCAUCCAGUCAAGUAUCGAUGCCUUGUUAUACAGUGCAACACCACUGGCCACUCUGGUAUCAGUAGUUACUAUGCUGCUUACAGGCCAGACCCUCACGCCCGCGAAUGUUUUCAUGCUGCUGUCAUUUAUGGGUGUUUUAAAAUUUAUUGGCAUGUUGGUUAUGACGUCUGGUCUAAUGGUAACGUAUGACGCCUACGUUUCCCUCGGAAGAAUCGAAGAAUUCCUUCUUUUGGAAAAUCUUUUGGAAGCCUCAGAGAGUGGUAAAAGCAACGAGCCACAACAAAAAGCGAAAAGGACCUCAGGAAGCCAAAGUCGCAUUUACUUGAAAAAAGAAGCAGAAAAUAUGGAGAAAAGUUCCCUGUCUCGUGAAGCAACAGAAUUAAGGCCUUCUAAUCUAUGUGUAACAAAUUUCAGCUACGCAAAAACGCAUCGUGAAGACGAAUUUAUUCUUGAGGGUGUCAACUUCUUUGCACCUUCAAAUAGUUUAACAGUCAUCACUGGCCCGGUUGGAAGUGGUAAGUCUACUCUGCUCUCAGCGAUCGCUGGUGAAAUUUCGAACGCCAGUGGGACGAUUGAUUAUCAAGGUUCUGUCAUUUACUUGCCUCAGACUGCUUGGGUGUUCUCGGGAACGAUAAAAGAAAACAUUCUUUUUGGCCAGCCCUUCGAGGAGUCCAAGUACGAAAGAAUAAUCGACGUCUGCGCUCUGAAAGAAGACUUUGAGCGGCUACCUGAUGGUGAUCAAACAGUUGUUGGAGAACGCGGCGAGGUUCUGAGUGGAGGACAACAGGCGAGAGUAAGUUUAGCUCGUGCAGUUUAUGCUGAAGGAGAUAUUUAUCUAUUGGAUGAUCCACUGAGUGCUGUUGAUGUUAAAGUUGGCCAACACAUCUUUAACAAGUGCAUAAAAGAUCUAUUAGGCGAUAAAAUCGUUCUGUUCGCCUCGCAUCAGCAACAGCACAUGGAAAAUGCUGAUGAAGUGAUUGUGUUGUACAAAGGGCGUAUCCUCGACAAGGGACGCUUUACUGAGCUGCACGAAAAAGGUGUUAUCAAUUCAACUGUUGACCCACUCUAUGAAGCAGCUCUGAAGGACAAAACAGAGUCAUCUUGGCCGUUCGGCUGGGAAGAUAAGGAGCAACACGAUGAUGCUGAAAAGUGCAAGAAAAUACAUCCUCUGCCUAAUGAAGCGAGGAGUUUGGAGAUAGUAAAGGAGGAUCGUACAGUCGGAGUUGUGACAUCCAGGCUUUAUUGGGACUAUUUCAGAAGUGGAGCACAUCCUUUGAUGAUAACUGGAAUGGUUGGUUUAAGUCUCAUUACACAAGGUAAACUUAUUGUUAGGCUGAGUUAGAAACCUUGAGUCAGGCCCUAACAGGGAAUACAGCAACCAUUUUUCUAUAUUUCUUUUAUUCUAUUUCGUGCAAAUCAUUUGACAAUGGCUAUGCUUUUAACUAACAAUACACGUUGUUUUUAGAUUAGAUGGUAGAGUUAAGAGACACUGCACAAAUUUCUGACCUUGUUCCCGAUAUCUCAUUUGCUCCUACAAGCACGAGGCAAGUGCGAGUCGAACGUGAAUAGCGAGUCACGUCCUUGCGUUUGCAUUGCACUUGCCUCCACUCGCUUGAAAAAGGUAAAAACUGAAAACUAAUCGCUCUACAAACUAACUUUCUGAGACCGAAUGUAGUUUUCUAACAAUAUUUAGGUGAAACAUGGUUGACUGCUUUAUUUAUUCUGUGACGUUGUGGUGCUUGCAUAAACAUCCCCAAGGUAUUAACGGUAGUAGCUAAUCAAGGCUAGUUGUGUCUAGGCCCAAUAAAUCUUACAAUGUACAACCGAGUGAUCAUAUAGAAAUACAUUUCAACCACUACAUAUUAAUGUUGUUUCUUUCAGCCAUUAUAGUUGCUCCAGACUUGUGGCUUUCGUUUCUUGCAAGGCUAAACCAAGAGGAUCAGAAGAACAAGACUUAUCUAUCUGUCUUCGCCUGUCUGGUUGGCGCGUGUUUUAUAUUUACUAUCGUUCGGGCUUAUGGAUUCUUCCAUGUUUGUCUAAAGUGCGCCGAGCGCCUUCACGAUAAAAUGCUUGUCGCCAUUUUACAAGCACCUGUCCUGUUCUUUGAUUCAAAUCCAGUGGGAAGAAUCCUAAAUCGCUUCUCCAAUGAUAUUGGCUGCGUAGAUGAGUUGUUACCUAAAACAUUCCUGGCGGCAAUGCAGAUGCUCUUGGUGAUAUUUGCCCAAAUUCUGGUAACAGUCGCCACAAAUGUUUGGCUGGUGUUUCUUGUUGUUCCAAUUUCCGUGCUGGUCGUUUUUCUAUCCAAUUAUUACUUGAAGACUGCCAGAGAACUAAAGAGGUUAGAGUCGAUAUCCCGAAGCCCAGUGUUUGCUCAUUUUUCGGAGACCCUGAGAGGACUGGACACGAUUCGUACGAGAGGAAGACAGAGAGAUUUUGUGGAUGCACUGUACAGGUAUGUUAGAGACAUUGAUUCAGGGUGUGGUGCCAGAGCCAAUAAAUGCACGGGGCACAAAUGACUCAUUAUUCCUCAUUUUCAGUGAGCUGUUUAUUUUUAUUUACCGGCAAUACACGCAAUUGCAUCACGCUUUCUUUUGUAAUCCUAUCUGGUAUGUGCUAAGACACUGGUCAGCGGGCAGUGGACCUUUCCGUACAAGGCACGGUUGCGAAACGAAGUUAUCCAGUGGUGAGACUACAGUACUUGCUCUGUGGGGUUUUCGUUCUUCUGAUGGGAUUUCAACAGACUCAUAAUAGGAACGGUCAAUCAACAAGAUCGCGUAAUGCAGAAAUUUCACGAUUAGUCAAAAGUGUAGCAAAUGUAUCGAACGUGAUUGGUUAUCACCAGCCCGAUUAGAGAACUAAUAGGACAGUGUAAGUGUCAUGACGAGUCAUGCCAGCGUGUAAGUGUAUGCGCGCGCUGUUGUCGGGAAUUUCGCGGUUUUUUUCAUGAAAACGUAUAACUGUUGUCUAGUUUCUUUCUUUACUUUGUCAUAGUUUUGAUUAAUUGGUAAGAGAACGUCAUGUCGUCCAAUUUUGUCUUUAAUAAUACUCGUAAUUAAAAAUAUCAGACUCCCGCUUCGCAGUCGUCCUUUGUUAAUCUUUCGUAUAUUCACUGACCGAAUUGGACUCCAUUAUGAAUUUCUCCUUCUGAUAAAUGUUAUACUUAGUAUAAGAGAUAUAGUUGUGAUAGUGAACAAUUAAGAAUUGGUUUUUUUUGAGAAUUUACCAUUUUUAAUGGAAGAGUAUCCAUAUCGUUAAAAAAUUUGGCUUUAGCGGUUCUCACUUCAUCUCGACGAAUGGAGCAUACCUAAGAAUAAGAUGUGGUUACGGAAAAGAUCUUUCGGAUACUUAGCAAGAGGCUUACGGAUGUUGAUUGGAGAGUAACAUCUUUUUGAGAGGGUGGGGUGUCGGGCAAAAUUUUUUGAAGGACUCCAUUACAUUGUCAGACCAAAGGAGACACUGGUCUCACUUCAGUUUGCAGAUCCGACGUAAUCUCUUUGAGUUUUUUUUCGGAGUGAUUGUCGUAAAAAAAAUGCAAUUUAAUAACAACAAGCUAAUCAGAACCAAAGAAAAGAUCACAAGUAGUGACAGAGGACUUAACUUAAAAACGAGGAAACGGCAUUGAACGUUGACAAACGCGUUCGACUAAUAGGUGGUUGGUUUUGCGCAAUUUUGCUGGACCAAUCACUUAGCAAAGUAAUACAAAGCUCAUACAAUCCGGUUUAUUGUCAACAGUCCACUAAAAAAUCACUCUAUUAUUAAAACUUAUUAUGAUUAAAACUCGUCCCCUCAGAUAUCAAGAUGUUCAUAAUCAGGCGUACAUUAUGGUGAUGGCCAGCGGGAGGUGGCUCGGUGCACGUUUGGAUUGUCUCGCUUCCUUGUUAGUCGGUGCAGUUGCUCUGGCUGCAAUCUUGGUAUCUCAAGAUGCUGGUAAGCUCAAGAUUCUUAGUAAGGAACAUUUUUUAAUCUUUCUAUGUAAAGAAAGAAUUUAUAUAGUCGUGUAUUAACACAGCAUGAAUAACUGAAUAAUUUUAUGAAAUAGGUGUAACUAUACGUGCUCUGUCAUCAACGGGUGGUUUCUAAACACAACAGAAAAGUUAGAGUCACUCGGCUGGCUUAAUUGCUAAGCAAAGUUUGAAAUGUCUUGUAUGAUUUAAAAGGGAAACUCGUGUUGAUAACUCCUCUGCACCUACUAACCUUGGAGUCAAAACAACGACGCUGAGAAAGAUGUAAAAAAGACGCGUUAUUUAUUCCCUCCUUUUAAGUGACUGCCUGGACCAAGCUAGGUAACGUAGCCUUGUAAAGUUUUUCCUUUCGUCAUAUGUUUUGAGCUAUCGAGAGAAAACAAGUCCGGAAUUUAUAGAUUAAAGUUCAAUUUUUCUUUUCAGCUUACGCUGGUCUCGCUCUUGUUUACGUCAUCCAAACUCUGAGCUCGACUCAAUACGCUGUUAGAAAAACCUCUGAAGUGGAAAACUACAUGACGUCAGUUGAACGAGUUAUGACCUACACCCAACUCGAUCAGGAGCCUGGAUACGGGGAAGAACGAGCACCACCAAAAGACUGGCCUCGGAGAGGAAGUAUUGUGUUGAGAGAUGUAUCAUUGACAUACUAUCCAGGGGGACCUCAAGUGCUGAAGAACAUCAAUCUUAACAUCAAAGGAGGAGCAAAGAUCGGAGUUGCCGGCCGUACGGGAGCCGGGAAGUCAUCUUUUGUAGCAGCUCUCAUGCGCAUGCCUGAUGCUGAUGGAAAGAUAAUCAUCGACGAUAUUCCAAUUAAAGAGAUAGGCCUCCAACAAGCCCGACGAGGUAUCUCGGUUCUUGGCCAAAGUCCUGUUCUUUUUAGCGGAUCUUUGAGGAAAAAUCUCGAUAUUUUAGACAAGUUUGAAGACGCUGAAUUAUGGCAGGCUUUAGAGGAUGUGCAACUGAAAGAUUUUGUCGAGAGGCUCGAGGCCAAGCUGGAUCACGAACUUCUGGAACAUGGCGCUAAUGUGAGUGUCGGAGAGCGGCAGUUAAUUUGCUUAGCUCGUGUGCUGCUACAGCGAAGUAAAAUCGUCAUCUUGGACGAGCCAACUGCGCAUGUUGACCCAAACACAGAGCAGACGAUUUGGAAUGUAGUGCGGGACAAACUGAAGGAGUACACUGUGAUCACUAUAGCUCACCGUUUGAACACGAUAAAAGACUGCGAGAAGAUUCUGGUCUUGAAAGAUGGAGAAGUUAAAGGAUUUGACAGUUGUGACUCAAUAAUGAACAUUAAGUGAGAUGCGGUCUAUUAUAUUGUGCGGUUUAUAAUCUUCUCCAGAGCUGGCAUUUGAUGUUGUUGUUCGGUUCUGGCUCCUUUAUACUCCUAUGCAUCCUUAAAAUCUCUCUCGCUGUCAUGCUUUGUCAGGCAAUGUCCAAUUUGCCGUGGGUCUGUUCUAUGAUAUAUAGAUUUAGCCAACCUAAAAGCGGAGCUCGCAUCUUUUUUCCUGCACGUCUCAAGGGCACAACACCUUGCCCCGGCCAGGACUAGAAACCGGGUCGUCCGACUCGGAGCCCAGUGUACUGACCACUGGACUACUGAACAAAGCCGUGGUGUUGGCGUGCCCGCGGUACAGAUGACCACGCAUGUUGAAAGUAGCACCUUGUACGGUUGUACGGUCGUACGGUCGUACAUCCAAAUUUUUUCGGCUUGAUGGGUUACUACUAUUUUGUAUAAUUAUGGGGCUACACUUUGCGAGCUCCGCUAUUAAAUCACAGACGAAGUCAUAAUGUGGUAAGAACAGCAAAACCAGUACACUAGGCGCAGGCGAGUGUGUCACUGAAGUUCCAACUGCUCUAUGACCUCCUCUGUGAUCUAUUAAGGAACAGACCCACCGUAACAUAGAUAACAUUUGUUUUAUGUAAUAAACAAAGCGAAUUUUUUUUCAUGUGGACGUCACUUAUCCGUCUGUCCCCCAACUGAUCAUAAGUAAAAGACCAAUGGAGAUGCCCUGGGAACGACUUACGAGCGCCACUUACCACCCAACGCAAUGCGCACAAGAAACAAGAUAACAGUUUAUUCAGAAAUAGGAAACUGUUCAGCAGUCUAGCUAUGUCCAGAUUUAGGGUCCGAUAUCAGAGAGUAACAGGUUGUCAUGUCAACAUUCGCUUUGGGUAUAAAUUUAGAUCUCCUCGGAUGAGCAUGUCAGCAUUCACGUUGGGUAAAAAUUAAGAUCUCCAGCUUGAUCAUCCUGUUACGCGUGGAAACAUCAAAUGUUACUCACAUAUUCAAAUAAUUACCUGAAUCAAAAGUUAUAUAUUUUUGAAUAACCUGCUUCCUUGAAUUGUGCUCCAGAAAUAAUAAAUGGUAUGAGAAAUGAAACUUUGUCUUGAAUGUUAAUUGCAACGGCAAUCAAAACACCUGCGAAGCCAUAACAACAAUUACCUUUCCAUGUAAACAAACCAUAAUGAAGCAUGACAAGAAUAAAUUAAUCUCACCCAGUUUGAAUGUAGGAUCCAAAAUCUAAUUACCGAAGCUUAGUGACCAGGCAUUAGAUCGGACGCGAACAUCGGACACCUUUUUCAAAUGUUCCCGCAGAUAAGCCGCGCCCUCAAUUUCUAGCGAUGAUUUUUGAAAAAAAGGUGCAGCUUAUCUGCGGAUUUUUUGGUAACUUACUGGUGAAUAGGAAAAAGCUUAAAGCAUUUUCACUGCUUCUGUCGUUCUAAAUAUUACAUGUCAGUCACGCCACCAAUUUCCCCUUUAACCCCUAAGAGUGACUAGCAUCUAAUUUCUCCCUAUAAGAUCACCUCUGAAUCAUCCGACUGCCAGGCCUCCUACAUUGGUGAGACUGGUAGAAACCUUAACACGCGACUAACUGAACACAAACGAGCAACUAGAAAUGGCGAUGUAAACAAUCACAUUUCUGAACAUCACCGACAAACUAAUCACAGAAUCGACUGGGACUCUGCUAAAUGCUUAACGUACAGUACAAACUAUUUUCAACGACUGACUCUGGAAAGCUGGUUCACUAACUUAGAACAGACGCCUCUCAACAGAUGUCAACAAUUACCAGCACCUUACAAACGACUCAUUAACGACGUGAACGAACCGACAAACAGACCGACAAACAACAGACGGAUCGAAACCGACCAAUGACUGUUAACAAACUCUACACGAGUCUUCCAGCCAAUCACAUCACGGCUAAACAGACCAAUCACGUUCAACAGACCAGACUUUAUAACAUCAUCGACUGACAACUACUCCUCACUUGACUCUGAAGAUGACUAUCGCACAGAUAGUCGAAACGUCAGUCACCAACAACAGUUCUUUUCAGAACUACACUCACCCGGACGAUCACACUACACGAACUACUGAUUACAUUCUAUUUGAUAAAAAAACAUGAAGGGCAAUAGAGGAAAUUAGCUGACACAAUUCAAGUUUUCCUUCGCAAGUAUUUUGUGAUGUUUUUAUCUAUGAUAUGGAUAAGUUUACAGUUUCCCUCAUUUCACUGUCUUCUUUUCUUCUUUUCCUUUUCUUUUCUUUUUUUCACCUUUCUUCAGUAGGGCUCUCUCGGCAUCGCUAAGGGACCUGGAAGAUAAAUUAAUAACCCAGUUAGUUUUGUCAACAUACGGUGUAUCAACCGGUGACACAGCCGCCUGUAUCCACGUGUAGCCAGGCUACGUGGACGAUACCUUUACCAUCCUGGAUCGCGGAAAAGUGGAUGACUUCUUACAGCAUCUAAACAACCAGCAGCCUUCCAUCCGCUUCACCAUGGAAACAGAGAAUGACAAAAAAACUCGCCUUCCAUCUGUCAUCUGUUCUGGUUUCUACUGAUUAUCCUCUUUUUCUUUCUUGCAGAAACUUAUCGAGAUCGGAAAUCAAACAACAGUGCCGAACCCGCCAACGAGUUCAAAGCUACUGCGGUUUUACCCUAUGUCAAAGGUCUGUCCGAACAGCUUCGCCGUUGCCUAUCCCUGUGAAUGCGGCAAGGUGUACAGCGGAGAGACUGGAAGACCCAUGCAAGACAAAAUUAAGGAGCACGAUCGAGACAACCGACUCGCCCGUACCGAGACCGCCGCCGUUUCAGAGCAUGCCCUCAACACCGGAUACAAGCCACUCUGGAACGAAAUAAAGUUCAUCGAUCGUGACCCUUAUUACUACAUGCGCAGGGUCAAAGAGGCAAUUCAUGUAAGACUUCACCCUGACAACAUCAACAGGGAUAGUGGAAUCGAAAUUCCAGAAGCGUGGAUGCCCACGAUCAAAAGACAACAUGAGAGCCGUGGGACAGCGGACCGCCGAGGGAGUAAAUCACUGAGUGAAACAGGAAGGUUCGAAAUGCACCAAUCAGAGCAGUUGAAAAAACAACUAAUCACAGCAGAGCAUCAUGCUUUAUAAGAUCACACGAAGAUUGGGAAAAACAAGGUUUGAAUUUUUCUGGGCCUUAGCGUAAGAGAAAACCUAGAUAAGACACGACUUACCUCCUCUCCUUUCUCGGAUCCUUCGUGGUUCGCUUCUCUUUGUCGAUGACCCCUUUUCAUUCUGUUUUCUGGAAACCCUUUCUCCACGAACUUGAAUUAUAACAAUUUCCUGCGGUUGAAAAAGCUUUAGUUCCGCCGGUGUGUUGCUUUGCGAGCUAAUUAAAAGUUGCAAAGUACUGAGAAUUACUGUUCAAAUAUAACCUCAGCUAUUUUGAUCUCCCGCUCAAAACGCAUGUUGCUAAUUAUUUGCUUCACAUUUAUUAGCCCACGUGAACCUCUCGUGUAAUGCUUAACAGUGUGCACGCCGCACGCUGCGCUUAGUAUCGGCACUGGAGUAUGAGCACUUCAUUGGGAUCUACCGUUGUCUCCAGGCACUAGCAGGGUAUCCUAUUAACACACACAAUCGCGCCUGCGCAUUACUUUCUCCUUCUCCCUUCCAUUACGUACGUAAUGGCUAAGAUAGUGCCCGUAAUGCAGUUAGCCGCGCAUGCUAAAAGUAGCGCCUUGUAUAGAGGCCUGUACGGUGUCAACUCCAAUUUUUUUCGGCCAUGGGUUACUUCUAUUUUGUAUAUCUAUGGGGUUACGCUGCGCGCGCUGUGACCUCCGCUACUACAGUAUCUUCCAGACAUUUACCUCAAAGAGGAGUUCAAAGCCUCCAGAAGCCCCCCUUACCCUACCACACCCCUUCACCUCUUACGCACAACAAGCUUUGUGUCACACAUUUAGUUGUCCUGACAACUGAGCACGAGCACGUUGAAUCGGAAGCUUAUUCUGUAAGAGUUUGAUACACAUUAUUUUCCUAACGGAGUUUUCUGUAGCAUCGUUCCUCUUCAUUUCCUCAAACCAAUGUCGCCGCAAUGGCCGGCAAGCGAACUUUUAUGUAAGAGGCGAGGUUGAAGAGCAAAGCUUUACGUAUCCUCAUCAACGGUAAGCCAUGUUUUUACUAAUUGGCCGUCUAAAAGAGAUUCUAAAGUAACAUUUUGAGUUUUAGCCCUUCGUCAGAGCGAAGAAAAUCACUUAUGAAUGUCAAUCAAAUUAAGAAUCAUUAACGUAUAGUGCAGUUCCCACACUCUAGCAAACCACGAAUUAAUUUACAGUGAUCAUUUUGUGGACGACAGCGCCUUCACCUUCAGAAUAGUACUUUUAAAUCUACGUUUAUCUCCCAGAGUCAAUUUAAGAAGAAGUUUUGGGCGAGUUUUCGUAAACAAAGUGGUCUAUUGUGACAAAUCAUGGCGUUUUUGUCGUUUUCAAGCGGUAAACCUGUUUCGAGCGGUAAACCCGCUAUUCCCCGUGGAUAACCACCAAAUAAUGGUUCUAAUCGGUAUCUUAAAUUGCGAAUUUACUGCACCAAGGUUUUACGGAUGUAGAAAGGCUGCAUUUUGAUGCCUGUUUCGUGAACAGAUAACAUGAUAAGUUUAUUAUCAUCGACAUUUGGUUGAGGAGCCCUUGUCAUCAUGAAAAUUAUCGUCGCAUGCAUUUGUCAAAGGGAUGAAUUAGCGCUGAAAGUUACGGGUCUUCAAGGUUCUUGCUUUCUGUGCUUAUAAAUUGAAUACACUUCACUCUCAAAGUGCAUCCCAGCAAAAAGGAGUACAAUGAUAUCUACGGUAUGACAGGGAAACCUUAGGAAAAGGGAAGGAUGAGUUAUAAUCGCUCCCACGGAAAGCAGUGAUAAGUCUAGAGGCUGAUGUCACUUUUGAGGAACGUUUUUGUUUUAAAUUAUUUUUAUGCGGGGGAGUCCAGAAUCAGUGCAAGUCAAGUUCAGUGCGAUUGAAAUUAAGGUCCAGUUUACUAUACUGCUAGAAAACUUUGAGAAGAACUUCAGACUUUUAAUGAAUGAUUUGUCAAACUUAUUAGAACGAAAGAAUCUAUGGCGCGGGACUAUUCAGAUAACAACUGAAGUCGAAAAUUUCGAUAUGAACCAUUAAUUAAAGUCAUAUUGCGGUCCAUUCUUCAUUGGAAAAAAUUUCCAAACAACAUUUCCAAAUUAUUUCUAGCCAAAAAAAAGGAACGAAUGUUUUCCGCUCACACUAAACCGCCAAAAAAUUGAAAGAGCAUUGAUGUUAGCUUUUUCACUAGCUCGGAGAAUUUGUCUACUAAAAAACCAAGUUAAUUCUUAUAAUCGCAUGACAUUUCUAAAAAAACACUCUGAUUCUCUUUAGAGGUUUCAAGGAACCAUUUAGUGGCACUGUGGAGAAAAUUUCUGAAUGCCGGGCAUUUAGCCUUUACGUGAUCGUGCCUGGCAAUCUGAUUAGAAGCGUCGACAACCGAACAAUAUUACAAGUUCGAAGAAUUUGUCCACUAAAAGAGCAAGAUAAUUUUUGGAAUCGCUUAACAAUUCUGAGAAAACAUCUGAUAUUCCUACGAAGUUUGAAAGAACCUUAAUUUCGGUGGAAAUUCUGUGAAAAAUUCUGACUGCCGGGCAUUUCGUCGUCUUGAGAGGUCGUUAUUAAAACAUGGAAUGACCUCAGUAUAUCCAUCUAAAACCACCUACAUCCACCUAAAACCACUAAAACCACCUAAAACCACGUUCAGAAUACUAUUUUUAUCUUUUUGAGGCAUUUUUGUGACAAUUUUGUUGACAAAUACGCACGGGAGAUGUUGUCUUGUUUUGCAGGUUCCCAUGACAGCUCGCAUGAAAGUAUUGGAAAAACACAAAGAGGGAAAAACACAAAGAAAAUUGUUUACACAGAAACAGCAGCAAGGGCCUUAGGGCUUUUCGAGUAAUAUAUAGACUACGUUUUCGAGGUCUGCUUUUCCUCAACGUCUGAUAGAGGUCAACGGGACAACUUGUAGGUAGUGGGACAUUUGAUGAGGUUGCGUAAUAUAACAUCAGCUGUGAUGUGUUUCAUUGAUACGGACGCUCUUACGGUGUCAAGUCCAAACAUUUUUCGGCUUGAUGGGUUACUACUAUUUUGUAUAACUAUGGGGCUACCCUUCGCGCGCUGCGAGCUCCGCUAUCACAGUCUCUCCCCAACAUUUUACAUCAAAGAGAAGUUCAAAGGCUCCAGGAGCCCCCCCCCCUUACCCUACCACACCCUUACACCCCUUACGAACAGCGAGCUUAGUGUCACACACUACGUUGUCCUGACGACUGAGCAAGAGCAUGUUGAAUCGGAAGCUUAUUCUUUAAGAGUUUGAUACACAUUAUUUGCCAAACGGAGUUUUCUGUAGUAUCGUUCCUCUUCAUUUCCUCAAACCAAUGUCUUCGCAAUGGCCGGCAAGCGAACCUUUAUGUAAGAGGCAAGGUUGAAGAGCAAAGCUUUACGUAACCUCAUCAACGGUAAGCCAUGUUUUUACUAAUUGGCCGUCUAAAAGAGAUUCUAAAGUAACAUUUUGAGUUUUAGCCCUCCGUCAGAGCGAAGAAAAUCACUUAUAAAUGUCAAUCAAAUUCAGAAUAAUUAACGUAUAGUACAGUUCACAACACUCUAGCAAAACCACGAAUUAAUUUACAGUGAUCAUUUCACCAUUAAUUCGUGUCAUUUUGUGGACGACAGCGCCUUCACCUUCAGAAUACUACUUUUAAAUCUACGUUUAUCUCCCAGAGUCAAUUUUACUAGAAGUUUUGGGCGCGCUUUUGUAAACAAAGUGGUCUAUUAUGACAAAACAUGGCGUUUUUUUGUCGUUUUCCAACGGUCAACCUAUUUUAAGCAGUAAACCCGUCAUUCCCCGUGGGCUAAUCCACGUUUAUCUCCCAGACUCAAUCUUAAUAGAAUGUUUGGGCGAGUUCUUCUUAACAAAGUGGUCUAUUAUGACAAAACAUGGCGUUUUUUUGUCGUUUUCCAACAGUAAACUCGUUAUUCCCCGUAGGUAACCACUAAAUACCGGUUCGACUCGGUAUCUUAAAUUGCGAAUUUAAUGCGUCAAGAUUUUACGGAUGUAGACAAGCUGCAUUUUGAUGCCUGUUUCGUGAAAAGAUAACUUGAUAAGUUUAUCAUCAUCAACAUUUGGUUUAGUGAAGAGCCCUCGUCAUGAUGAAAAUUAUAGUCGCACGCAUUUGUCAAAGGGAUGAAUUAGUGCUACGGGUCUUCAAGGUGCUUGGUUUCUGUGUUUAUAAAUUGAAUACACUUCAAUCUCAAAGUGCAUCCCAGCAAAAGGGAGUACAAUGAUAUUUACGGUAUGACACGGAAACCUUAGGAGAAGGGAAGGGUGAGUUAUAAUCGCUCCCACGGAAAGCAGUGAUAAAUCUAGAGGCUGAUGUCACUUUUGAGGAACGUUUUUGUUUUAAAUUAUUUUUCUGCGGGGGAGUCCAGAAUCAGUGUAGGUCAAGUUUAGUGCGAUUGAAAUUAAGGUCCAGUUUACUAUUCUGCUAGAAAACUAUGAGGAGGACUUUAGACUUUCAAUGAAUGAUUCAACAAACUUAUUUGCAGUCCAUUCUUCAUUUUCAGACAAUAUUUCCAAAUUAUUUCUAUCCGAAAAAAAAAAGGAACGAACGUUUUCCGCUCACGCUGCAACGGUCGUCAACGGCGGCAGAUAGUUCGAAUGGACCUUGAUCAUGUAAUUACCAAGAGCUUAAUUAAACCGCCAAAAAAAUUGAAAGAGCAUUGAUGUUAGCUUUUUCACUAGCUCGGAGAAUUUGUCUACUAAAAAACCAAGUUAAUUUUUAGAAUCGCUUGACAUUUCUAAACAAACACUCUGAUUCUCUUUAGAGGUUUCAAGGAACCAUUCAGUGGCACUUUGGAGAAAAUUUCUGACUUUCGGGCAUUUAGCCUUUACGUGACCGUGCCUGGCAGUCUGAUCAGAAGCGUCGACAACCCAACAAUAUUACAAGUUCGAAGAAUUUGUCAACUAAAAGAGCAAGAUAAUUUUUGGAAUCGCUUAACAAUUCUAAGCAAUCAUCUGAUAUUCCUACGAAGUUUGAAAGAACCUUAAUUUCGGUGGAAAUUCUGUGAAAAAUUCUGACUGACGAGUAUUUCGUCGUCUUGAGGGGUCGUUAUUAAAACAUGGAAUGACCUAGAUCCAUCUAAAACCACCUACAACCACUUAACACCACCUGAAACCACUUACGACCACGUUCAGAAUACUAUUUUUAUCCUUUUGAGGCAUUUUUGUGACAAUUUUGUUGACAAAUGUAAAUACACACGGGAAAUGCUGUAUUGUUUUGCGGGUUCUCAUCAGUAGCGAAAACUAAUACCCCUGAAAUUAAGUCACUGUCUGCGACAUUUGCCCAUCCAAUGGCUCGCAUUAAAGUAUUGGAAAAACACAACGAGGGAAAAACACAAAGAAAAUUGUUUACACAGGAACAGCGCCAAGAGUCCUAAGGCUUUUCGAGUAAUACACAGACUAUGUUUUAGAGGUCUGCUUUUUUCAACGUCUGACAGAGGUCAACGGAACACCUAGCAGGUAGUCGGAAAUUUGAUAAGGUUGCGUAAAAUAACAUCAGAGGUGAUGUGUUACAGGGAAAUCCGAACGAUCCUAACCAUCUGAAGUCGGGCUGCGGAGUAAGCGUGCAACCGUGCAGACCAUACAGAUCGUGCAGAUCGCGCUUUGUUGGCUCCAGAAUUUUGACUGUUUCAUUUCGCGAGACACUGACAAAUUCAUUCACGACCUAUCACGCAAUCGUUUUACAGUAUUAUGCGGUUAUUUUCAGCUUGAGAAAAAAAUUACGUUUUCUCGCUUAUGAAGUUUUAUUUUACGCCCCAGUGGACGUGAAAUGAAAGUAAAAAAAAUUUGUUUUUUUUUUUUAUGAGUAAUAGUUUGUCAUGUAUGCGACAAGUUCUUGCUUAUAGGAGACCCGAAGGAAAUCGGGAUGGUGAAAAAUUGUGGAAACUCCAUUCGGAGUGAAAAGUUGGUUCCACGCCGCUUCCUCAAAUAAUUGCAAGAUAAUGUUCCCCCGUUAUUUGGUUUCUAUCUAGAGGGAGCCUGGAACUCAACAGGCGCACCAAAGCAAGGGGAUCAAUUUUGGCCGGCCACGCGCAAAUAUCCCACGCAAAAUUUUAAACAAAAACAAGGGCAGCUGACGUAUUGAACCAAUUGUUUUAUAACAUUUUCAACCCGAAGGAAAAUUUUUUUCUCGAGGGAUGUUUGCUGACGUCAUGAGCGUGCACAAUAGGAAUAUGAAGCACGCUCGCGCAAUUGAAUUUGUUUAGACAAAUUUACUAGCUAUGUUAUAAUUUGUUUUAGGCUAUAUAAAAGUCAUGAGGUUCUACAAAACACGGUGACUUAUUGGAUUUUAUGUAAGUUUACAACUCUUAGAGGGCAAGUUGGUUCCGAAAUCCUGGAACAACAUGCAAAGACAUUUGGUCAUUGCGUUAAACAUGCUAAUAAUGGCUAUGUAUUUUGUAGGUCUCAAGUGAUGGCACCAAAAAGCGGUUACAUGAAAAUCUCCGGUGAUGAAGAUAAAAAAGUCAGUUUUUAUCUUUACUUUUUUUUCGUUGGAUGAACGGAGUCCUUAAAAAGGGCAAUCAAAGACCUUUGGAUCAAAAUGAUUUUUUACCCUUGUCAGACGAGAACUCUGGCCGUUUUGUCACCGACAAGCUUCGAAAAAGCUGGGAAAGCGAGAAACAUCAUUGCAAGAUGAAUGGGAAAAGGCCCAAACUUUGGAAAAGCGUGUUUGAUGUGCUUUCUGCCAAAGAUGUUAUCAUCAUUUUGACGGGGAAUAUAUUGUGUACAACUUCUCGCCUUCUCUUUCCACUGUUUCUCGGGUAUCUUGUUUCUAAGCUUAUGUCAACUGAGGCAGAGAAUAAUUAUCAACUCUACGCCUGCGCGUUAGCUAUGUGUCUCAAUGGUUUGAUCGGUGGUCUUGGUGUGCACCAGCAAGACUACAGAUGUGAAAUAUUGGGGAUCAAAAUAGGAAGCGCCCUCAGGGGACUGGUGUACCACAAGGUAGGCACGAUCCUAAAGAGCAUUCUAUGCAUUUUUCGAAGGCUAAACCGAUUUUUCUAAUACCCUUAACACCCCAAAUUAAGCCGAACAAACUUGAACAUAAGUAUCUAUCCAAUAUAGAAUGAUUUUUUCUAAAAAUCUCAUCGACUGCAAUCGGCUUAUGCCAUGGAGACAUAGAAGGAGAGGGUUAUUAAACAUCAUCGCUGGUUGCUGCUUCUGCGAGAGAAAGAAACAAAGAGUUAUUUACUCUGCAGUUCAGUAGGCUACAGAAACCAUAAUGUAUACGACCGCCCUUCUGAACGAGACUCAAAAUGAGUUGUCGCUCUUUUUACACAUUUAAAGAUAAUUUGGUAGAGGUCUGGUUACUCUCGUCUCGAAACGUAGUCACGGACAUCUUUAUGCAGAAGAUUAAACUCAUAUGGUUUAUGGAACCUUUUUCUUCUUUAAUGUUUAACCUGUACUUUCUUUCAGACGCUUCUACUCAGUAAGCAGACGUUACUUAGAUUUACUGCAGGACGCGUAUUCGAUCUGAUAUCCAAUGAUGUUAAAAGAAUGGAAGAAGAGACAGUCAAGUUUUUUUUCUCAGCCGUUUUCGCAGUUCCUGCCUAUGCAGGGGCAAUAUUCCUUAUCUACAAUUUGAUUGGUUGGCAGGCUGUUACGGGUGUGUUCCUCAUGUGUGUUCUCAUGCCAUACUUUGCCGUCUUGUCUUAUGCUAAUGCUAAGCUGCGCUUGCGCACAGCUACAGUAUCCGAUGAGCGAAUCUCCCUAAUGAAUCAAGUAGUUUCCGGGAUCCGCGCGGUCAAAAUGCAUGCGUGGGAGGACGAAUAUGGACGAAAGAUAAAAACAUGUGUUUUGUCUGAGGGUAAUUAGCUAAGGUUUAAACCAGCCAAAAAAAAAAAAAAAGCUAUCAUCUUCAGAAUCCUCUUUUCAAAAGUAGGUCUCCAAACAACAUAGCCGCAGGACUGGCUUCAAAAAAAUUCAUUCCCGUAAUUGUUGACCCAAAUCAUUCAAACCCCGGAAAUAGAUAACCACUUCAUUAGCUAGGCAGUUUAAACAUGCCCCCCCCCUCCAAAAAAAAGUCUUUGGACCGCUGUAUGAGCCAAUAAGAAUGCCUUUUUUCACAAAAAAUAAGUGUCUCUUGUAACCCAUAUCAUAACCGCAGGACUGUUCGGUCAGUUAAAAAAUAUCAGUAUAUACUGAGUAGAUAGUGUUAAAAACGCACUCUGAUAAUGAUCAGCUACUCAAACUCCGAAUAGCCUUUGCAAUUCACCUUCGAGCGACUUGCGCGGGAUUUGCGCCCAAAAAUAUUGUAAUCGUUUUUACCUCAGUGUCGGUGAAAGGGGGUGGAUAUGACCUCUACUUCAGAUAAUAGUCGAUCAUUAUUAUAGAACAUCCCAUCAAGUCUAACUUGUCUUCAAGUUAGUAUUAUUUUUUAUACGCUGUUAUAAGGGUGCACUUGCAGCUCGCUCACCUCAUUAAUAUUUCAAAUUAGAGAGAACACUGACAACGAGCUGGUUCGACAGAAUGCCCACAUAACUUAUGAUAACCUUCUAUCUUCAGAAAUGAAAUCAGGGUCAUUUCGAAGAGGGCAGCCAUUCAGUCAAGUAUCGAUGCCUUGUUAUACAGUGCAACGCCAUUGGCCACUCUGGUGUCAGUAAUUACUAUGGUACUUACUGGUCAGACCCUCACGCCCGCCAAUGUUUUUAUGCUGCUGUCGUUUAUGGGUGUUAUAAAAUUGAGUGGCAUGUUGAAUAUGACAGAUGGUUUAAUGGUAACGUACGACGCCUACGUUUCGCUCGGAAGAAUCGAAGAAUUCCUUCUUUUGGAAAAUCUGCUAGAAGCCUCGGAGAGUGAUGAAAGCAACGAGCCCCAACAAAAAGCGAAAAGUACCUCAAGUAACCAAAGUCGUAGUAACUUGAAAAAAGAAGAGGAAAAUACGGAGAAAGUUUCCCUCCCUCGUGAAGCAACAGAAAUAGGGCCCACUAUACUAUGUGUGUCAAAUUUAAGCUACGUAAAAACACAUCGUGAAGAUAAAUUUAUUCUCGAGGGUGUCAACUUCUUUGCACCUUCAAAUAGUUUAACAGUCAUCACCGGCCCGGUUGGAAGUGGUAAGUCUACUCUGCUCUCAGCGAUCGCUGGUGAAAUUUCGAACGCCAGUGGGACGAUUGAUUAUCAAGGUUCUGUCAUUUACUUGCCUCAGACUGCUUGGGUGUUCUCGGGAACGAUAAAAGAAAACAUUCUUUUUGGCCAGCCCUUCGAGGAGUCCAAGUACGAAAGAAUAAUCGACGUCUGUGCUCUGAAAGAAGACUUUGAGCGGCUACCUGAUGGUGAUCAAACAGUUGUUGGAGAACGCGGCGAGGUUCUGAGUGGAGGACAACAGGCGAGAGUAAGUUUAGCUCGUGCAGUUUAUUCUGACGGAGAUAUUUAUCUAUUGGAUGAUCCACUGAGUGCUGUCGAUCUUAAAGUUGGACAACACAUCUUUAACAAAUGCAUCAAAGAUCUCCUAGGGGAUAAAAUCGUUCUGUUUGCCUCUCAUCAGCAACAGCACAUGGAAAAUGCUGAUCAAGUCAUUGUGUUGUACAAAGGGCGUGUCAUCGACAAGGGACGCUUUACUGAGCUGCACGAAAAAGGUGUUAUCAAUUCAACCGUUGACCCGCUCUAUAAAGCAGCUCUGAAAGACAAAACGGAUCCAUCUGAGCCGUUCUGCUGGAAAGAUAAGGAGGAACACGAUGAUAAUGAAAAGUGCCAGAUAAUACAUCCCCUGCCCAACGAAGCAAAGAGUUUGGAGAUAGCAAAGGAGGAUCGGGCAAUCGGUGUUGUGACAUCCAAGCUUUAUUGGGACUAUUUCAGAAGUGGAGCACAUCCUUUGAUGAUAACUGGAAUGGUUGGUUUAAGUCUCAUUACUCAAGGUAAACUUAUUAUUAGAGUGAGUUACCUUGGGUCAGGCCCUAAUUUCUUUUAUUCUAUUUCGUGUAAAUCAUUUCACAAUAACUAUGCUUUUUACCAACAAUACGCGUUAUUUUUAGAUUAGAUGGUAGAGUUAAGAGACACUGCACAAAUUUCUGACCAUGUUCUUAAUAACUCACUCGUACAAGCGCGAGGCAAGCGCGAAGAAUGGCGAGUCACGCGCGAAAGGGAGAGGUGGUGUUUUUCUCCUCGCGUUUGCCUUACACUCGUCUCCACUCGCCUGAAAAAAGUUUAAAAGAAAAAAAACUUGCUCUGCAAACUAACUUUAUGAGACCAAAUGCAGUUUUCUAACAACAUUUAUAUGUAACAUGGUUGACUGCUUCAUUUUUUCUGUGGCGUUGUGAUGUUUACAAAAACAUUCCUAGGAUUUAGUAGUAACUAAUCCAGGCGAGUUGUCUCUGGGCCCAAUAGAUCUUACAAUGUUCAACUGAAUGAUCACAUAGAAACACAUUUCAACCACUACAUAUUAAUGAUGUUUCUUUCAGCCAUCAUAGCUGCUCCAGACUUGUGGCUCUCGUUUCUUGCAAGGUUAAACUCUGAGGAUCAGAAGAACAAGACAUAUCUAUCUGUCUUCGCAUGUUUGGUCGGUGCGUGUUUCACAUUUACCAUCGUUUGGGCUUAUGGAUUCUUGAAUGUUUGUCUAAAGUGCGCCGAGCGCCUUCACGAUAAAAUGGUUGUGGCCAUUUUACAAGCACCUGUCCUGUUCUUUGAUUCAAAUCCAGUGGGAAGAAUCCUAAAUCGCUUCUCCAAUGAUAUUGGCUGCGUAGAUGAGUUGUUACCCAAAACAUUCCUGACGACAAUGCAGAUGCUCUUGGUGAUAUUUGCCCAAAUUCUGGUAACAGUUUCCACAAAUGUUUGGCUGAUGUUUCUUGUUGUUCCAAUUUCCGUGCUAGUCGUUUUUCUAUCCAAUUAUUACUUAAAGACUGCCAGAGAACUAAAGAGGUUAGAGUCGAUAUCCCGAAGCCCAGUGUUUGCUCAUUUUUCGGAGACCCUGAGAGGACUGGACACGAUUCGUACGAGAGGAAGACAGACAGAUUUUGUGGAUGCACUUUACAGGUAUGUGUGAGACAUUGAUUCAGUGUGUGGUGUCAGAGCCGAUAAAUGCACAGGGCACAAAUGAGUUAUAAUUGCUCAUUUUCUAUGAGGUAUUUAUUUUUUAUCUACCGCCUAUAAACGAAAUUGUAUCACGUGUCUCUUGUGAUCCUAUCUGGUAUGUGCUGAGACACUGGUCAGCAAGUGGACCUUUCCGUAUACGAGGCACGGUCGCGGAGCGAAGCUAUCCGAAAGAAGCACGAAGGGCAUUACCAGUGGUAAGACUACAGUAAUUGCUCUGUGUGGUUUUCGAUCUUCUGAUAGGGUUUCAACAGACACAUAAUAUGGACGGUCAAUCAUUAAGAUCGCGCAACGCAGAAAUUUCACGAUUAAUCAAAACUUUAACAAAUUUAUCGAAUGUGAUUUGUUAUCACUGGUCCGACAGUGUAAGUGUCAUGCUCGUAAUUAAUCAGUGUAAUAGGACAGUUGACAAGACACGCAUGCGUGUAAGCGUAUGCGCGCGCUGUUGUCGCGAAUUUCGCUGAGUAUUUUUUAUGAAAACGUAUAAUCGUUGUCUAGUUUCUUUCUCUAACUUUGUCAUAGUUUUGAUUAAUUUUAAAGACAACGUCAUGUCGUUCAAUUCUGUCCUUAAUAGUACUCGUGGUUAAAAAAUCAGACUCCCGCUUAGCAGUCGUCCAAUUUUGUUAAUACACUCGUGUGAUUACUGACCAAAUUGGACUCCAUUAUGAGUUUAACAGAAAAUUCAGUCAAGUGCCACUCGUCUUCUCCUUCUGAUAAAUAUUAUACGUAAUAUGCAAGAUGUAGUUGUGAUAGUGAACAAUCAAGAAUUGGCUUUUUUGGAGAAUUUACCAUUUUUAAUGGAAAAGUAUUCAUAUCGUUAACAAAUUCGGCUCUAGCGGCUUUUACUUUAUCUGGGCGAUGGAAAAUAGCUAAGAAUGAGAUUUGGUUCCGGAAAUGAUCUUUCGGACAGUUAGCUAGAAGCUUACAGAUGUUUCUUGGAGAGUAACAUCUUUUUAAGGGAGUAGGGUGUCGGGCGGAAUUUGUUGAAGGGCUCCGUUACAUUGUCAGGCCGAAGGAGACUCUGGUCUCACUUCGGUGUGCAGACCCAAUGUAAUCUAUUUGAGGUUUUUUUGGAGUGAUUUUCUUAAAAAAUACUAUUUGAUGAUAACAAGCCAAUGAAAACAAAAGAAAAGAUCACAAGUAGUGAAAGAGGACUUAACUUUUUAACAAGGAAGCGGCAAGGAGCGCUGUAAAACGCGUUCGACCAAUAGGCGGUUGGUUUUGCGCAAGUUUGCCGAAAAAAUCACUCAUUAAAGUUAUACAAAGUUGAUACCAUUCGGUUUUCUUGUCAGCAAUCAAUUGAAAAACCCCUCCAUUAUUUAACUUGUUAUGAUAAAAACUCGUCCCCGCAGUUAUCAAGAUGUUCAUAAUCAGGCGUACAUUAUGGUGAUGGCCAGCGGUAGGUGGCUCGGUACACGUUUGGAUUGUCUCGCUUCCUUGUUAGUCGGUGCAGUUGCUGUGGCUGCAAUCUUGGUAUCUCAAGAUGCCGGUAAGCUUAAGAUUCUUAGUAACGAUUUUGAGUCUUUGUAUGUAAAGUAAGAAUCUAUAUAGUCGUGUAUUAACACAGCAUAAACAGCUGCAUAAUAAUAUUAGUAUGAAUAUACGUGCUCUGUUAUUAACGGGUGGUUUUUAAACACGACAGAAACGUGAGAGUCACUCGGGUGGCUAAAGUGCUAAGAAAACUAUCCAGGCUAGGUAACCUAGCUCUGUAAAGUUUUCGUUAUAUGUAUAUGGACUUAAGUUCCAAUUUUUCUUUUCAGCUUACGCUGGUCUCGCUCUUGUGUACGUCAUCCAAACUCUGACCAUGACUCAAUACGCUGUUAGAAAAACUUCUGAAGUGGAAAAGUACAUGACGUCAGUUGAGCGAGUUAUGACCUACACUAAACUUGACCGGGAGCCUGGAUACAAGGAAGAACGAACACCCCCAAAAGACUGGCCUCGGAAAGGAAGUAUUGUUUUGAGAAAUGUGUCAUUGACGCACUAUUCAGGGGGGCCUCAAGUGCUGAAGAACAUCAAUCUUAGCAUCCUAAGGAGGAGCAAAGAUCGGAGUGGCCGGCCGAACGGGAGCUGGGAAGUCAUCUUUUGUAGCAGCUCUCAUGCGCAUGCCUGA